GACCGGAGACGCCCUUUUUCGCGGCUGUCGGGUCCCUCAGGGUCAAGCCGCCGGCAACCAAACACCGCCGGCUCUUUCCGCAGCUUAGAGAUGGAAGUCAAAUACGUAAAGAAUUAGCGCUCUCUCUCUUUCUCAGCCCGCCGCCCUUCCAGAGCCAACCGGUCCAAGGGAGUCUCCUGCGACCAUCUCUCUUUCUCCCCCUUUUAACUCCGGCCUCCUCCUCCCUCCCCCCGCCCUACUCUCUCCCUCUUCCCCUCCCCUCCCCUCUCCACGCAGGGCCUGCCUUUUUGCGACUCGUGCGCCCCUGCCCUCGCCGCGUCCCGCCCCCUCUCCUCUCCACGCGUCCCCGGCGCGCUCCUCCCCUCCGCGCCGCCGCCUCCUCUGCUCCUGCCGGCGCUUCUCGUCCCUAUCUUUCGCGGAGGCUGCAACGAGCGCCCGACCGCCUGCCUAAGGAAGCCGCCGCCGCCGCCGCCGCCGCCUGAAAGCGGGCAUCUGCGCCACGUCGACCCGGGAGCUCCCUCUCCGCACCGUGCGCCCUAGCCGUGCGCUCCUGCCUCCCCGCCGAAAUGACCGCGAAGCUUUGGCGCCCCCGCCUCCUCCUCCUCGCCGCUGUCGCCUUGGCUGCCCUGAGCGGGAGAGGUAAGCAGGAUCGGGCUCCCGGUAGGGUAACCCACCAGCCCAUCCCGCCCGCGUUGCGCUUUCCCUCAAGUAUACUGGGGAGACGAUCCCCCCUGGCCAUCGAAGCUCCUCUCCCCUUCGCUCCUCUCCGGCUUGCCUGAACUAGUAGACCGGUCGCCUCCGCGCUCCUUUUGUGUCCAUCGCUUCUGCCUGCUGCUCCUGCUUAUUCUUCUCCUCACGUCCCGUGGCUUGGGAGAUAUACGGCAGGAUAUGGGGGGCUCCGUGCCAUGCUUGUCUGGGUUGGGCUGACUGCAUCGUUGCGCAUGAUCUCUCUGCCCCCCUCCCGGUGGCUGGAUGCAGCCAGGCCUCACGGAUGCAGAUGAGUCCCUCCCGCACCCCCGCUCUGUACACACACACACGAAUAAUAAUAUGCAAUUGAAUUAUAUAAAUAAAAGAUCAGGUGAGACAAAACGCAUUUGGCUGGCGAAGCGGCUGCGGGCCUGCCUAACCAUCGGCGCAGACCCGCCCCCCUCCCCUAACCUCUAUUGUGGCUCGCGGCGUGCUCUGCCUGGGCUCCAUAAAGAGCUGGCGGGGCGGGGGGGGGGGAGGACUGCAGAUCACACCAGCUUUCCAAGCAAGGGCGAGAUUUGGCUCUUCUAAGCCUCCGGGGAAAGGGCCCCGCUAAUCCUCCGGGGGAUGGGUGGGCGUGACAAAUCAGUUCAAACUGCGUUGGACUGAAACGUACCCAAACGGAGAGCAGGAGCUGCAGCCUUUUGUAGCCUCGUUUAUCUUUGCAGCCCUGUCGCUCCUGUGGGACUCAUUCACCUUCCACGAUUAUCAUUGCUCUUUUUUCUUUUUAAACAGCAGGGGAUAAUUUCUGAUAAACGAUCACAGUGCACCCAACCUGUCUUUCCGGCAUCCUCAGAGGAGGGGUGGUCGGGAAGCCCCCAAAAUAGCGCCUAAUAGGAAAUCUUUCCCUUACUGGAGAACAAUAGAUCCACCAUGAGCUUGACUGAAGCCCAGCAGCCCCCGCCCCACUAGACUGGGUUCCUCCUGUGUGGGAAUGUGCCUGCUUUCAUACCUCCCCACCCUCCGCCCUGUGCUCCAAAAAUAUGUUUGAGAAUAAAUAUAUUUUCAAAUCUUGAUUUAAUCUCCACUUUGUGAGCCACUUAGAGGAGGCUUCCUCCGUACUGACCUGCUUUUCUCCUCUUAAGUAUUCCUCCUCUUAAGACACUGUAUGUACAGCAUCUCAUGUUUCUGUAAGCAUUAGAGAGGUAGAAACACAUGUAUAUUAUUCCCCUCCCGCUGACUUAAAUAAUAGGUAGUUUUGUCAAAUACCUCUAUAUCAACUGACUUGGCAUAGAGAAAUGCCAGUACAGUGCACGCCCUCCAGCAUCAAAGGACUGUAGGGCGUUUGAGGGUCUGCAGUUUAGCUAAUCCACACACACCCAUGUUCUCCUCUGUGUCACUUACAAGUGGUUCAUCUUAUAUCCCCAGUGUGCCAUACAGGUCCACUUCAGCUCAUCCAGAUCAAGGAUCUUCUGCACAUUUACCUAGGAAUAAACAUCAUGGUCGGGCUUGCUUCUGAGUAAAAAGCAUGUGUCAGAUUGAGCUGUAAAUUUGAGAGCCGAAGUUGUCCCAAGUUUUUGUGGUGUGCCCAAAUAGCACCCUUGGGACAAGGAAUAAGGGUUAUUAGUAGAAACUGUUUGGAAGAACUCUCUGCAGGUAAUAAUUGUUUGGUCUGUCAGCUAGCAUGAAAUGUCACAAUUCGCUUUAAUUUUUUGUUUUGUUUUUUAAAAAACUGCUUCAGGAUGAGCUUAUGAAUAGAAGGCGUGUUAUGUUUCACAUAUUUUGGUGUAUAUGUAAAAUGGUUCAUCGGUGUACAGUUAAGUGCUUCACAACAGGAACCACUCUUAGGCCUUGAAAUAGUCCUGUGGGUCCAUUUGGUACAGAACUGGCAGCUACAUCAUCAUCAUCAUUAUUAACUUAUGACCCGUCCAUUAUCUAAGGUCCCUGGACGGGCUGCCACAAUCAAAACACAGUGUGAAAAAACAGUCUGAAACAACUUACAAUCACAGAAAUAAGGUGGGUCCCAAAAAUACACAUCUCAAGUUUCAAAAAGCCAAGAGUCUAGAGGUGUGUCUUCAGCAUAUGAUGAAAACUGUACAGUGAAGGUGCCAGGUGGACCUCGGGGGGAGAGGUCUACAACUAAGGGGCUACUACAGAGAAUGCCCUCUCUUAGGUGAACAGCCCCCUAAGUUUCAGAAGGUGGUAGAACAACCAAAAGGGUCAUCCUCUGCUGAUCUUAACACCUGAGAGGAUCUGUAAGGAAGGGGAAUAUUUCAGGUGUUUGAGGCCUGAGAUGUUUAGGGCUUAAAAGAAGUUGCUUAUGUUUCUGAAUCUCUACCAUAAUGAUUGACGUGGACUCUUGCAGAACAUGCCCAGCGUUUGAGAUACACAACAGUUGGAUUAGACCAAGGGUGGCUGUCGUGUGCCACUCCAGAUGUUGGUGGACUACAGCUCAGUCGUAGAGCACCUACUUUGCAUGCAGAGUGUUCCAAGGUUCAAUCCCCAACAUCUCAAGUUAGGGUUGGGGGAGGCUCCCUGUCUGAAAUGGGUAGACACCACUGAGCAAGAUGGGCAAUGAAUGGUCUUAUUUAGGCAACUUGCUAUGUUCUAGCAGUGCCCAUUAUUCCUCACCAUUGGGCAUGUGAGCAGGGGCUAAUGGAAGCUGGGGAGUCCACCACAUUUGGAAGGCAGCAAUGUCCACCUAGUUUGGUAUUUUCCCCUCGGUAGUGGCCAGCCAGGUGUAUCUCAGAGAUUAAAAAAAAGGACUUUGAAGGUGAUGGGGGGAAUAGGCCUGGGAAAGUGGAUGUUCUAUUUAGGCUCUUGCCCAUGAACUUGGCUAAGACUGGGAACCUGCGACCCACAGCCAGCAUGGCCAGUACGUAGGGAUGAUGGGAACUGCAGUCCAACAACAUCUGGAGGGCACCAAACUCUCCAUUCUAGGUCUACGCUAUCUAAGCUAGUGUCACUCAAUUUCUCGUGUGCAGUAGUAAUGUGGAAUCUGUGGUCCUCCUGUUGUCCUUGGGCCACAACUCCCAUCAUCUCUGACCUUUGACCAUGUUGCUGUGGGGCUGAGCCCAGUCACAUCUGAAGGGCUUCACACCUGUGACAUACAAGUCAACUUUGUGUUGUAAAAAAAGAACCAUUUUCUUCCUUCCCAGUCUGUUUUGCUGGGUGGACCCAAAUUUUGUUAUCAUGAUAGAGAAGUUGAACACUUUCUCCUUCCACCAUUCAUAGUUUCAUAAGCCCUGAUGCUCUAGCCUUUCUUCAUAAGAAACAGAUUCUUGACUGAGAGCUUAAAAGUGGGGACUUGGAAACCUCUUGAACAGCCCUGCUGGGUGUGCAAGUCUGAGAGAUAGGGAAGCGAAGAUGGUCUACAGAGCUAGUUCACUGCACGGCUUUCUAAAGUUUGUUCAACCUUCUAACCAUAGGAAAAGCUCUGAAGGUAACUCCAGCCAGGUUAUUCUUGCUUUGUAAGAGGUUAAGAGCCUCUCUCCUUACAGCAGGUAGAAUAUUUCAUAGAAUCAUAGAGUUGGAAGAGACCACAAGGGCCAUCGAGUCCAACCCCCUUUGGAUGAAGAGGAAUGGAUAUUAAACAUUGCAGAAGAACUAUUUUUUAAUUGUACCUCUUAGUGGGCAACAGAUUAGUAGAACUGGCAUUUGACAUCCAAAUAAUUAGUUGCAUUUUCUUUUCUUAAUUAAUACUUUGCUAAAUUAUUUCUAGUGCACAGCACAGGGAGCAUCUGAAAAUCGGAAUCAAACUUUGUGUGGGUCAUUUUUUGUUUUGUUUUUUAAAAAUCCCCUUAUUCAUCUCUGUCCUUCUGUCAGUUCCAAAGCUGCGUUGCCUACCUAAGCUAGUUCUUUUUCAAACUGGCCUUUGUUUUAAAAGGACACAAAAAGCAAGUGGAAAGCUGACUGUGUAGACAAAGUGGUAGUAAACAAAGGAGAACCAGUUAAGCUAACAACAAUAGCGAGAAUCAGUGAACUCCCCAAAAUGGGUUUUCAUGGCAGAUUAGGAGAGAGUUCACUAAACAGAAUGAAAUGGGCAGGCAGGGAAUUCCUUGCACAGAUAGAUGUUCAAUUUGGCUGAGGAGCCCAGUGGGAGAAGGCAUGAUAAGUUACUCUGGAUAUGUUAAAUAUAUAGGUACACCUGUGUUUCCCCUCCAGCCUAAUUCUGUCUCGCUAAGCUUGCAAACAAUUCCACAAACAGUUGUUCUUCCACUGCAAUACAGAAGCAAAAACCAACUUCAAUAUAUGCUGCCAACCCACACAUAAUCAACAAAAGGUGUGGUGGCACAUCAGAAGCCUGAAAUAAACAGAGGUGCGAGUCUCUCCAAAUUUAUGAAAACAUUGGUCUGGAUGCCUGGAAGCAUCUUGUAUAUUGCAAGUAGGAGACUAGGUAUACAGUGGUACCUCGGGUUACAGACGCUUCAGGUUACAGAUGCUUCAGGUUACAGACUCCGCUAACACAGAAAUGCAUGGUGCCCACUGAUAAGAGCCCUCCUGGAUUUCUCAUUACUUCAAGAAUUCAUAUACGGCUUAAAAACAGUAAUGCUUGAUCAGUGCGUGGAACUGAAUACGGUGAAAAUAAAAAUGAGUUAAAACUAUAAAAUCAGAAUUCUGUUAAAAUUCCUGCUGGAAUAAUAAAAAAAAUGCAUUCAGUAGGCACCUGAAGUUCAACAGGGAAAGGUCCCAUCUGACCUCAAGUGGAAGGUUGUGCUAUCAAAUUGGGGUCACAGCACUGAGCAGUUCAUGGGUUCAUAUGAGCAGUUGACUGGCUGCUGGCAUCUGGGCACCCAAACCAUAGGGGACCCCUAGCAGCGACUCCUCCAAAGACUUCAGUGAUCAGGCAGCCCCUGUGUUAUCCUGAACCCAAGUUGUUAAAUGACAUAAAUUAAUACAAGAGCCUGGAACCUCACCCGGUAGUAUAUGGGGAGCCAUUGCAAGUGUUUGAGAACUGGAGUUAACGUGCUGGCGAUAGUCUGCCCCAUCAACAGGCUAACUGGAGCGUUUUGCGCCAGCUGGAGCUUCCAGACAAAGAGACCGAAGGUGGUCCCACAUAGAAUGCAAAGCAAUGUUACUUACUCUUCUGCACUGGUGUUCUUCAACUUCGGGUUCAUAUAUGAUGUUGGGCUAUAACUCCCAUCAUCCUUGACCAUUGGUUAAACCGGCUGUGGAUGGUGGGAGUUGUAGUCCAUCAUUGGGGGACCAAAGUUUGACUCCACCAUUGCAACCUGCUUGGUCACCUGCUUCUUGCUCUGUCAUAGAGAAUGGUGGUGAGAAGGAGGAGCAGGAGGUGCCCCUGCCUGCUUGCUCAUUGGAUUUCUGUCCUGCAAACAAACAGGUAGAAGCAGUGAAGAUGAAGAGGAACCGGAGCCAGUGACAAUGGCUGGAGCCUGGAGCCAGCAAUGGGUUAUUUACAAUCUAGGUUUAAAGGGCAUUGACAAGAAACACACAGUGAUAUACAAAAGGAGGAACGUUAGUCAGAGGGAUACCUUUUGGUGCUGCUAGAACACCGAGAUUGGAAAAUAACCUGCUGGACCAGAGAGUGCUUACAUUUCCCUUCCUAGUCAGCUAUUCUCACCCUGGUACAUGCCAGCUGGCCUGAAAGCGGAAGUCGGCUGAGCCUGCUUCUGUCUGUACACCACAGACCCAGUUUUUACCUAACUGCUACAGGAUAUCGUAAGAGCCUUUUUGAGUCUUUGGGUGCUUCCUGUUUCCUUUCAUAGCUCAAUUCAUAGUACUGGUCUCAACGAUUUAAAGGCAUAUAUUGUCUGGGCUCAGGGUAUCUAAAGGGCCAUUGCCUCCCAUGUGGGACCUACCUGCUCACUCUGGCCCUCAGUGUUGGACGAGCUUUGAGGAGCCCAAGUCAGGGACUUCUCAGUGGUGGCUUCCAGGCUGUGGACUUCUCUGGUCUGGAAGGUUCUCUUAGACCAGUGAUCGUGAACCUUAUUUAUUUAUUUACCUAUUGUUUAUAUGUUCCUUUGCAACACCUUGAAGUGAUUUAUAAAAGUACCAACAAUUAAAACAGUUCCAUAGAUUAAAACAAAAUAAUUUCAUAUACAGUCAUGCCUUGGUUUUCGGACAGAAUGUGUUCCUUAAAAGGCUGUUCAACUUCCGAAACGUUCGGAAACCAAGGCGCGGCUUCCAACUGGCUCCCGAUUGCGCAGGUGCGCCGGAAGCAAUAGCUGAAGCUGCAUUGGACUUUGGCUUCCAAAAGAACGUUUGAAAACCAGAACACUCACUUCUGGGUUUUGAUUGUUCGGGAGCCGAAACGUAUGAGUACCAAGGCAUUCAACAUCCAAAGUAUGACUGUAUUUUUUAAAAAAAAUGAAACAAUUUCACAUAUAAAAGGAGAUUCCGUUGGAGGGCCAUAUUUCCUUUGGGGCCCCCCACAUGCCUCCACUAAGUGAGUGGAGUUCACAUAUGUGGACAGAAUGGAAGGAUGAAGGAUAACAACAUUUUAAUUUAAUUUAAUUUUUUUAAAAAGACUUCAAACCAUCCUGAAAAGUGUCAUAGAGUUGGAAAGGGAUUUCAGAGGUCAUCUAGUCCAACCUCUUGCAAUGCAGGAAUAUAAAGUUAAAGAAAAAGCACAAAUAUAUUGAGGACCGCACAAAGCACCCUAACAGCCAAGGUCCUAUAGGCUAUGGCAGAACAAUCAUUUUUAAAGGCAUUUACGUCUUUCUUGAAGGCAACAGUUGAGUCAGACAACAGUGAGUGGGGCAUCCUACCCCAGAGAAGGCUCUGCUUUCGAGUGACAACAAUCUGGCAUCCAAAAUGCUUGUUGAUAAAGCACUAUUAAUUGUAGCUCCUUAAGCCUCCUCUCAAAAAGCUUAUUUGGCGUUUGAAACUAGAUGGGGAUGCUCAGUUUGUCAUGGUCUUUAUUUGCUUCAGUGUUCAGGAACUUUAAAAUAAUAAUAACAUUCCAUUCUUACAGAAGCCUUUAGUGGGUGGAGCAAGGGUCAGAGUAGAAAGAGUUAAACCAGGAGAUACCUAGUGGCAUAGCCACCACUUACCAGAAAUGUCAGCUUCCAUGCCUGUUCCAGCAAUGUGGACCAUUCUUUGGCAAACAAGAAUAAUUUGUGGGCAUGGAUGACCAUCUACAGCCACUGUUGGCAUGGAGCUAGGAGGACCUGCCCAACUCAGCCUCCAACCAUCCAAACCCUGGCAAAUAACUCAGCAAUGUGCACUCACUGGGAAUGCACAUUGUGUGGGAAAGGAGGAGUCUCAACUCUGGGUUUCCCCUCGCGAUGUGGGGAUGGGUAGCAUUUAGGAAUAAUUAGAUUGGAGGGAGACAAGUGUCGUCGUCACACCCUCCAAAAUCAGAAGAAGCUUUUUGCCGAGGAAGCAGGCUUAGUCGUUGUUUGAGGACUAUCCCUGCCUCCAGGUCUGGUCCUGACCGGAAGGAUACUGGAAUCAACAAGGGAAACCCACAUGACCUGAAAGUGUUGCUGUGCAAUGCCAGGUCAAUGAUGUAUAAAACCUCUGCCAUCCACGACCUGAUUGUGGAUGGAGGAUUUGACCUGGCAUGUGUGACAGAGACCUGGUUGGAUGAAGCAGAUGGGCCCGUCCUUGCCGCUGCUUGUCCACCAGGUUUCUCUUACGCACAGCAACCCAGGCCUUGUGGGCGGGGUGGGGGGGGUUGCAGUGAUUUUUAGGAAGUCAUUAGUUUGCACCAGGCGUCCUAUUGGAAAGACCCAGUUCUCUGAGUGCAUGUUCUGGAAGUUGGGCAAUAGGGGCAGUACAGGAUUCCUAUUGGUGUACCGACCUUCCCGCUGCACCAAGGAUUCCCUGCCCGAGCUGCUUCAGGUCGUGGCGGAUGUCCUCCUGGAGACACCUAGUUUGGUUGUCCUAGGGGACUUUAACAUCCGCUCGGGACUUCGUGGAAAGCAUGGCCUCCAUGGGGCUGUCCCUGAAUAAGUCUGGCCCAACUCAUAGCCACGGGCAUGCCUUAGACCUGGUGUUCACCUCUAUGGAUGUUGGUGAUCUGACAUUAAGUAAAAGCAAAACCAAAGAAGUGCCAUGGUCAGAUCACUUCCUGGUGCAACUGGACUUCUCCGUGACCCUUCCCCUCUGCAGGGAGGCGGGACCGAUUCAGAUGGUCCGCCCCGCCACUUAAUGGAUCCAAAUGGUUUCCAGAGAGUGGUAGGGGAUGUUUUAUCCCAUGUUGAUGGCCUUUCAGCUGAUUCCCUGGUGGCCCGCUGGAAUGUGGAGUUAACCAGGGCUAUUGACUGUUUGGCUCCAAAGCGCCCUCUCCGAUUGCAUGGAGUCCGGACAGCCCCGUGGUUUUCCACGGAUCUGAGGGCAAUGAAACAAUCGUUGAGACGGCUAGAGCGCCGGUGGCGGAUAACCCAUUCUGAAUCUGACCGGACACGGGUUAGAGCUCAAUGUCGAGCCUACCAAGUGGCGAUAGCGACGGCGAAGAAGACUUUCUUCACCGCCUCUAUUGCAUCUGCGGAAAACAGCAGCAGGAGACUCUUUCAGGUGGUUCGCAAUUUAGCGGAACCGCCUGCUCCAUCAGGGCCCAGUAGCGGCCACAUGAUCUCCUGCAAUGACUUUGCAAAGUUUUUUGCAGAUAAAGUCGCUCAGAUUCGAGAAGAGGUAGACUCCACUGUGGGAGCAGGGCCGGGGCGGGAGAGUGCUAGAGUCCUGUCUAGUCAAGUUGUGUGGGAUCAAUUCCAAUCUGUUACCCCCGAGGAUGUGGACAGGCUGCUUGGAUGAGUGAAACCAACCACUUGCCUCCUUGAUCCUUGCCCAUCCUGGCUUAUAAAAGCUAGCCGGGAAGGACUGGGCAAUGGGCUUCGUGGGGUGGUGAAUGCUUCCCUCCGUGAGGGAGCCUUCCCAGACCCGCUUAAAGAGGCGGUUAUUAAACCGCUUCUUAAAAAACCAUCUUUAGAUGCGGCCACGAUAGCCAACUAUCGCCCAGUCUCAAAUCUUCCAUUCUUGGGCAAGGUGAUUGAGCGAGUGGUUGCUGAACAACUCCAGGCACGCCUGGAAGAAGCGGACCAUUUGGAUCCCUUCCAGUCGGGAUUCAGGCCUCAUCAUGGGACUGAAACUGCCUUGGUCGCACUGGUUGAUGAUCUCCGGCGGGCUAGGGACAAAGGUGAGAGCUGUUUCCUAGUUCUGCUGGAUCUCUCAGCGGCGUUUGAUACCAUCGACCAUAACAUCCUUCUGGACCGUCUUGGGGGCUGGGAGCUGGGGGCACUGUUAUACAGUGGUUCCGCUCCUUCCUCCUGGGCCGUGUUCAGAAAGUGGUGGUGGGGAUGAGUGUUCAGACCCCUGGGCCCUCACUUGUGGGGUGCCUCAGGGUUCUGUCCUCUCCCCAUGCUUUUCAACAUCUACAUGAAGCCGCUGGGAGAGAUCAUCAGGGGAUUUGGGCUGGGUGUUCAUCAGUAUGCAGAUGAUACCCAGCUCUACCUCUCUUUCAAAUCAGAACCAGUGAAGGCAGUGAAGGUCCUGUGUGAGUGCCUGGAGGCGGUUGGAGGUUGGAUGGCGGCUAACAGAUUGAGGUUGAAUCCUGACAAGACAGAAGUACUGUUUUUGGGGGACAGGAGGCGGGCAGGUGUGGAGGAUUCCCUGGUCCUGAAUGGGGUAACUGUGCCCCUGAAGGACCAGGUGCGCAGCCUGGGAGUCAUUUUGGACUCACAGCUGUCCAUGGAGGCACAGGUCAAAUCUGUGUCCAGGGCAGCUGUUUACCAGCUCCAUCUGGUACGCAGGCUGAGACCCUAUCUGCCUGCAGACUGCCUCGCCAGAGUGGUGCAUGCUCUGGUUAUCUCCCGCUUGGAUUACUGCAACGCGCUCUACGUGGGGCUACCUUUGAAGGUGACCCGGAAACUACAACUAAUCCAGAACGCGGCAGCUAGACUGGUGACUGGGAGCGGCCGCAGAGACCACAUAACACCGGUCUUGAAAGACCUACAUUGGCUCCCAGUACGUUUCCGAGCACAAUUCAAAGUGUUGGUGCUGACCUUUAAAGCCCUAAACGGCCUUGGUCCAGUAUAUCUGAAGGAGCGUCUCCACCCCCAUCGUUCUACCCGGACACUGAGGUCCAGCACUGAGGGCCUUCUGGCGGUUCCCUCACUGCAAGAAGCCAAGUUACAGGGAACCAGGCAGAGGGCCUUCUCGGUAGUGGCGCCUUCCCUGUGGAACACCCUCCCACCAGAUGUCAAAGAGAACAACAACUACCAGGCUUUUAGAAGACAUCUGAAGGCAGCCCUGUUUCGGGAAGCUUUUAAUGUUUGAUGUAUUAUAGUAUUUUAAUAUUCUUUUGGAAGCCGCCCAGAGUGGCCGGGGAAGCCCAGCCAGAUGGGCGGGGUAUAAAUAAUAAAUUAUUAUUAUUAUAAUUAUUAUCUGCCUUGGGAGAAAAUGGUGGAAUGUGCCUUUGCGGGGAGGGGGGGGGUGAAGUCAAACUGUUGGGAGGUUGCAGAGAAAAGCCCCUUCUAAACACGGGGAGGCUUCUGGAGAGAAUUUGUGGGGGCAGGAAGGGUCAAGGUCUCUCUCUCCUUGCCCUAACCUGCAAAUGACAGGCACACAUGCACGUACCAACACACAAAGGGAAGAGGAAUUGAUUGCUUAAACCACUCUGGGACUGAUAGCUCUGUGAGUGAGGGGAAUAGGGGUCUCCUAGCAACUCUCAAGGGACGCGGGUGGCGCUGUGGGUUAAACCACAGAGCCUAGGGCUUGCUGACCAGAAGGUUGGUGGUUCCAAUCCCUGCGACUGGGUGAGCUUCCGUUGUCCCAGCUCCUGCCAACCUAGCAGUUUGAAAGCACGUCAAAGUGCAAGUAGAUAAAUAGGUACCGCACUGGCGGGAAGGUAAACGGCAUUUCUGUGUGCUGUUCUGGUUCAGCAGAAGCGGCUUAGUCAUGCUGGCCACAUGACCCGGAAGCUGUACGCCGCCUCCCUCGGCCAAUAAAGCGAGAUGAGCGCCACAACCCCAGAGUCGUCCACGACUGGACCUAAUGGUCAGGGGUACCUUUACCUUUAGCAACUCUCAACACCUUUAACAGCCCCCCAGAUUCUUUGGGGAGGGGGUGCGUCAUGACUGUUGAAAGUGGUAUGAUGCCUUCAGUGUGAGGUUGCAACACAAUUUUUUUUAAAAAAAACACGUUUAAAAUAUCGCUGCAGUUUCAGAACACACAAAAGCCAUUCCAGAAUGGAACACAGUGAAGUAAAAUGGACACGCUUUCUAGGGCAGGGGUAGCCAACAUGGUUGCCAUCAAGAUGUUGUUGGACUUGAAUUCCCACCAUCCCUGACCAUGGACCAAGCUGGUGGGGGCUGGUAGAAGUUGCAGUCCAACAGCAACUAGAGGAAUUUUGCCUUUGUAUCCAAAGCAAGCAAAUUCCAGCGUAACAUCCCAGAUUACUGAUCACGUAAUUAAUUUGAAUUAAUUAAUGUCACCUGGCUCUAGAGCUAGCCCCAAGGAGUGUCUUUUACCUAGAGCUGCCACUCAAUUAAAUAUACCUUGGUUGAUGAGUUAUGUGAGUUUCAGUUUUCUAAUCUAUCAAUUUUGCAUGAAUUUCCAUGCAAUAGGAAAAAAAGUCUCGUUCAACCGGGGGGUGGGGAGGGAGACCACAUACUUUAUUUUUAGAUUGCAAAUGUAGAAGUGCAUCAUCUUAAAAAAAGGCAUUCCCUGACAGUCUUCCAGAGGGUAAGGAAUGCCUCUUUCUCUGUGACAUUUGCCACCGCCUGCACUAUUUGUGAGUUCAGCACUGACACGGAAGUUGGCUUUCUUUUGUCACAAUGAGAUUAUUGUUUGUUUAUUCAUGAUUUUUGUAUUUUGUGUCCUUCUUGUGGACGGUGCUGAGCACACUGCCAUUGGAAAUAUGUGAUAAAACUUAUUUUUAUUUCUGCAUUGUGUAUUUGGUGCUGUGGUCUAAACCACUGAGCCUAGGGCUUGCAGAUCAGAAGGUCGGCAGUUCGAAUCCCCGAGACGGGGUGAGCUCCCGUUGCUCGGUCCCAGCUCCUGCCAACCUAGCAGUUCGAAAGCAUGUCAAAGUGCAAGUAGAUGAAUAGGUACCGCUCCGGCAGGAAGGUAAACAGCAUUUCCAUGCGCUGCUCUGGUUCACCAGAAGUGGCUUAGUCGUGCUGGCCACAUGACCUGGAAAAACUGUCUGCAGACAAACAUUGGCUCUCUCGGCCUGUAAAGCGAGAUGAGUGCCACAAUCCCGAGUCGUUCGCAACUGGACUUAACUGUCAGCGGUCCUUUAGUACCAGUAGUACUACAACUACUAUCAGUAGUAGUAGUAGUAAUAAUAAUAAUAAUAACAAUAAUAGUAAUAAAUUUUAUUUAUAUCCCACCCUCCCCAGCUGAAGCCGGGCUCAGGGCGGCUAACAACAAUAAAACAGUACAACAGUACAACAACUACUACAGUACAACAACAAGUACAGUAGUACUACAACUACUAGUAGUAGAAAUGGAAGGGGUUGGAUUAAACAGUGGCCUUCCGCUGGUCCAGCUCCGAGACACGCCUCUUGACUCCCAACAUAUACCAUGGGACCUACUUUCACAGAUUCACUUUCGAUUUAUACUUAAUAUGCCAAUGAGGUACAUUAUUAAUCCUUAAAUGAAAAUUCACAAAGCGAUAAACAUAGUGUUACCUUAGUAUUACUUGUAAGGGAAAAUUGUUUUUUCUCAUCCAAAAGGCUGAGAAGCUGCUGAAAACCGGUGAUAUUUCUCUCACAGUUGAGUUUCAUUGAGACGUCUCAGAGGCAUGUUUGUUCUUCCAGAUUUUAUUCCAUUGAGGGGUAAUAUUAGAAAGGCUAACUCACAACUCAUUUUGUACGACUAAACUGGUUUUUUGCUUUUGCUUUUCUUCUGAGUUUCACAAGCCUUGCUCACAAAAAUAGAUGGUACCAAAUGGCAGCUGGUGGAUGAUUGCUUCAUUUGCCGAUUCUGGGUAUUAUUUACUGACUGAAAUCCAAAACCCUGGUAAUGUUAGUUGCUGAAAUUGCACUUUUAAAGGUUGUGUCACAAGAGAGCUCAGUGAAUUGUUUUUCAUAUCCUAAUUCCACUGACUCUUGUGUUCUCAGUGAAUAAUGAUUGCAUUUGCCCUGUACAGUAUGCUCAUGCAGAUUUGUUUUUUAGUUUGUGUUCUGGUGAGUUACAAGGGAAGAAUUUUGCAGUGAGCUGCAUGUGUGUUGGUGUGUCAUGGAGUAGAGUUUAGUGUGUGGAGGAGGGAAUUUUCUGCAUUCUCCCCACCACAGCAGACAAACUCCUACAAAGCCACUCUAUUCACUCCUAGAAGGUGAAUAGAGUGUCCCUACCUGCUAGAGAGCUCCAUCACUAAAAGCAUACCUAUAGGAAGGUGGAGCUUACAGUUUGCCAGAAAUACCUUUCUUACUGAAAAACGUUGCCUUUCUUCUGCUGCUUUGCAGUACUCAUGGAAAUUGAUAAAAUGAGAAUGAAUUCGAGCCUUGAUGCCACAUGUAGUGGCCAGAAGCAUCAGGAUUUUGACUGGGCAGCAGCAGUUUUGUCUUGACCCACCAGCACGGCCUUCUAGCCCACAUGUGGGUCCUGUGGUUAGUAACUCUGGUGGGGAACAUGUAAUGUUCUUUCUGAGGUAGGUUAUCUGCUUCUGGUCCGUCGUGCCCCCCCCCCCACAUCCAGGGAAUGGUUUCAACAAUGGCUAAGCCAGGUAGCCAAUGGGUCUCAAACCCUCAGUGAGCUAGGGACUUUCCCUGCAUGCGAAGGCAGGCUGUGUGGCAGAUUGAGUGGAUGAGAACCUGCAGUGAGUCCAACAGUCAAGAAGGUGGUUUCUGCAUGAGCUAUAGAGGGAAGUGAGGGGCAGAUGGGGCUUGUCAACUUGGGAAGGUAGCCCAUCUAGAAGGAAAAACUGAUCCUAAACUCUGCUGCCUUGUGGCUAUACUAAUUCAAGAGAAUGGAAGUGAGCCCCAAGGAAAAAUCUGUACCUGCUUCUUUACGGGACAUCUUUGGGAAAAGAAAAGUCCAAUGAGUAAACACUACUCAGACCUGGAGUGGGGUCCCUAAAAUGGUUGGAUGGCACCUUGUACGCCUCCUUCCGGCAACUCCUGCAGUCAAGAUGGAGCCAAACAUCUUACUUUCCUUUGUUGUCUGGGCAGUCCAGGACCUCCAUGCACACUGCCCAGGCUUGCGCCUCAGAGAGUCAGUGUGGUGCUGCUCACACAGGAAUCAACAAUAUGGGACGCCGCAGUUAUGAGUUACCAGUCUCUGCAGCCACAUUGAAUGCUGUGAUUCUCCAGUGCUUUGGCUUCACCGUAGAAGGUGAACUUCAUUUUCUCAUGAGACAAGAGAAAUGCCAACAACUUGCAUAAGAAUAAGUUGCUUCUUCUUCUUUUUAACUGCAAUGGUGUCUCCCUUUCUAACAAAACAAUUUUAAUUGAGGCGAUUCAACGAACAGCAAAAUCCACUUCAUGUCUACUCAGAAGUCAACUCCGGUUUCAUUCCGUUUGGAGCUGCCCCCAGGUGUCUAUACAGAUUUGUCACCUAAAUGUUGCAUUGCAGGUCCCGCUACAGAGUGGUCCUGAGGAUGCUUACUCCAGAAAUGACUAACCCCAGGGCAAGUGGGUUUAGGGUUGCAUCCUUAAAAAUCUAGCCUCCGCUUCCGUUCUGUAAGGGCAGUGGCAGCGUGCCCCACUUACUUUAACCCCUUAAUGGUUAUUCAGUCGGAGGGUAAAGGGCCGUGGGGUUGUUUCCAUGGAUUUUCUUUUCUCUGUCUCCCCCCACACCUUUUUGAACAAAAACGGGACUUUAUCAGGCCAAUAAACACGAGACACGGUUUUUAAACUAACAUAGCGGCUAAGACCUGGUGGAAAAAAACCAUACAAGUAAAAUAUUUCUAUACACCAAAACAGAAAGGUAAAAGGGGAGGGGCCAUGGUUAAGAGGGAUUCAGCAGGAGCUUGCAGUGUUUCUAUUGAUUUUCUUAAGGCAGCCAUGGCCUUGCGACCCAUAGCAUUGGCCGAUCUGUGGGAACCACACAGUGGAAACAGGAUUGGAGCUGUGCUUUUCAUCUGGGCACCACUCUGUCAUAUUUAUAGUGGUAAAUGACUGUGGUGUCUCAAGACCCUUGAGUGUGUUCCAAGAUGACAGUGAGAAGUGUUGUAUUUAUAGAACGCUUCACUUCUGACCCAGAGUGUGAAUGUGUCUUGCUAGUGGGGACAUGUUAUGGAUCAGCCUUCUGAAAGUCAGAAUUAGGGUGGCUUGCAAAUCCAUAGAAGGCACUAUACAUCUUUUAACAAUCCCUUCUCGUACAUCAUCCUAUUUCUCAUUUGUGAUUGAGAAUUUUUUAAAAUGGCCAACAUUUUAAACAUUUUGUAUACUUCCUUUCCUAAUUGCCUGGAGGUGUUUUUAAGUGCACUGCAGGUGAACACCGCUUUAAAAUCACAUAAAUCAACAUAGUGCAGAGGACAGAGUGCUAGAGUUGAACCUGGGAGACCUAGAUUAAAUUUCUAUUUGCUUUAUUUUGGGCUGUUGCACAGCCUAGCCCACCUCUCACAACCUUGUUCCCUCCCCCCUAAUAACCAUCACUUUAUUAAUGCAACAAAAUGAGUCCUCACAAGACAUGUGCAAAUGGAUCUGCAUUGCCUGAGAAAAUAGUCCUCAUUGUCGAGGGAGUGCACCUCUGCUUUGCAACAGGAGCUCUGAAGAGAGGCAAUAUCCUCUCACCAAGGAGGAGACAUGGGUUGUGGGUUUUGCAGAUAGGUUGUCACUACAGCCAAGAUAGACAACAUGAAGCUGCUCAUCAUCUGUUUGGUAUCUUCUGAACGCCGAGAGUUGGCAAAGCUGAUGAAUGAGCAGUAGACAGCUAUCCAGGCACACCACUCUGGCUUCAGCAACAAGCCACACAUACUGAAAAUCAUUCCCAGUAGAUUCAUGUAGUCUGGUGUGGGGUCUUCCAGGGUAGGGUUGUUCUCUGUGGAUGGAGGUUUGUAUCUGAGAAUGCGAUUUGGCCGCCACGGGUCCAUUACGCUGUUACCGGCCAUCGUGCACCGCCUCUGGCUAACUCCGAGCCCUCUCACAACCUCGUUGUGAAGCGCUGUGGAAUUGGGGGGGGGGCAGAUUGGUCAUGUAUACAGUGGACGCUCGGGUUGCGAAGGUGAUCCGUGUGGGAUGCACGUUCGCAACCCGCUAGUCAUGCUAGCCACAUGACCCGCGUCUGCGCACGCACUGGUUGUGAUUUGGCGCUUCUGUUCAUGCGCGACCACUGAAACCUAGAAGUAACCUGUACUGGUCCGGGUUUUGGCGGUCCAUAACCUAGCAGUUCGAAAGUACGUCAAAGUGCAAGUAGAUAAAUAGGUACCACUCCAGCGGGAAGGUAAAUGGAGUUUCCGUGUGCUGCUCUGGUUUUGCCAGAAGCGGCUUAGUCAUGCUGGCCACAUGACCCGGAAGCUGUAUACCGGCUCCCUCGGCCAAUAAAGCGAGAUGAGCGCCGCAACCCCAGAGAUGGCCACAACUGGACCUAAUGGUCAGGGGUCCCUUUACCUUUACCUUUUAACCUGAAGAAACGCAACCUGAAGCGUCUGUAACCUGAGGUAUGACUGUACUUGCUCUGGGUUGCUUGGAAGAAGAGCGGGAUGGAAAAAAAUUGAAAGAAACAAAGGAAUUCUCUGGCGAAGCUACCUCAAAGGGUUGUCAUUCUAAUGGUGCCCCCAGUUCAGAUGAAGCACUGGAGCCCAAUACUUGAUUGCUCUAGGUGUGGGGGGCUCAGAUAAAAUCUGAAGAAUAUAUUUCACGCUUGUUUGUGCAUUUUUUGAUCACAGUGCUUAAAAAUGGUAUUUGGCUGGAGGUGGGGCACGGUAUUGCUUUAUUGCCUGAGUGUGUUUUCUUUUUUUUUUUAAAUGGAUGUUAUAUGCAAUAUUAAUAUUAAUCUCCCCACUUUCCCCCCUUUGAUAAUAUGUAUUGCAUCUCUCUCUCUUGCUGUAAAUAGGUGAAAGGUGACCAAUAAGUCUAAUAAAUGAGUAAAAAGAAAGGAAAAUGGAUGAAAGGAAUAAUUCAGCAUCCCAAGAUAGCAUUAAAAAAAAGGUUUCUGGUCCUUAUGGCUGAAAAAACGGGCUAUAAAACGUGUGGGCAAAAUGUGGCAAAGUCCUAGCUGUGGGUUCUGAGGUUUUCCAGAGCUCCUUGCCUUUCCAAAAGAAGAUAACACGACUUGAAAUAAUGCAGGUGAGGCACGUUUGCAAAAUUCAUAGAGGCCCCGUGAUUUUCAAAAGGACCUACAGCCCAGUCGUAGAGCACAACCUUGUCACGCACAAGGUCCUGAGUUUAAUCCAUGGCGUCCAAUAAAAGGAUUGCAGAGCUGAUAAGGACCUCUGCUGGAGACCUUAGACCAGGGGUGGGGGGACCUCAGUUCUGAGGGCUGAAUGCAUCCCUCCAAGCUUCUCUUUCUGACCCUCAGGAUUCUCCCCAAGAUGUACCCUGCUCCCCAGGCUGCCCCCCUUGCUGUCCCUGGCUGGGAUGUCUCCACUGCUUGCUUGGAUGGAGAAUCACAAGGUGGGGGUGGGCGGUAGAAACUAGCCUGCUGCACAGAGGUAAUGUUUACAUCAGCUGCUCCUCCCAGGUUUGACUCUGGUACUGCCCACCGCUGGUGUGUGGCCCUCAGAAGGUCAUUCAAAAGGGAAUGUGGCCCUCAGACUGAAAAAGUAAAUGCCUUUACUAGACCAGCAGCAGAUUGAGGACAGUGCCGACUGUUUCCGUGCACAGGACGCUGAGCCGAGGGGAGUACCAAAUUGGGAAGGUACAUAAUUGAUAAAAUCCACUUGGUGGCACCAAAUUUUGGCCUUGCACCAUGUUAUGAAAGAUUGCCAGAGUUUGUCCCUGGCUAGACUUAAUAACGGCUUCCAGCCAUUGCAGGCAGUGUUGGCCCAGAAUCUCAUUCUUGCUUCCUAUAAUUUGGUGGGUUGUCUUGAUGAAUAAUUCAAGGAAAAUUUGAAGAAGACCACAGCUGGAGAGUCCCUGCCAGCCAGAGUCAAUAAAACAGAGCUGGAUUUUAUUUAACAAUAAGACUGUAUAUUCUGCCCAUCAGUCAAGCUGCCAGAGUAUUUUGCUAUUAAUUUCUUUUAAAAAAAACAACCCACAACAAAAACAAUUUGAUGCAUAAUUAGGAGCUAAAAGCGGCAAAUCUGUAAACCAGCUUAAAAACAGACAUACAUACAUGGAGUGGACCUUUUGAGAAUCAGGGAUGCUUGACUGAUUUUAGCACCAUUGAUUGCAAGGGGUCUGCUCUAAUAGCAGAAUCCUAACCAUGGCUACACGGAAAUAAUUUUUCUUAUUCUUAUGCAUUCUUAUAUCCUGCCCUUCCCCAUUUGGGUUGCUCAGAGCUGCUUGCAACAAGUAAAAUCUCAGGUUAUAUAUCUCUAGUAAUACCUAUUUAACGCACCAAGGCUCUUCAGGAGUUACAGAAAAAGUGAAAUCAACAUGUGAAGGAGGGCAGUGGAAGUGAGCACUUUGGUCUGACUGCCAUUUCGUCCACCUUCCAGCUUGUGGAAGAAAUAAGUCCUGUAUUUGUGGACAGGUACCUCCCCAAUCUUAGAAACUUGGAACGCAAAGAGAGCAUUCAUGAAUACAGGAGCUUCUGCCACAUCUGUUUGGGGGAAGGUCUGUAGCUCAAUGGUAGAGGGCUGGCUUUGCAUGCAGAAGGCCCCUGGUUCAGUCCCUGGCAUCGUCAAGUAUCGCUGAGGGACAUUCACUGUCCAGAACCUUGAAGAGGUAAUUCCAGUUAAUGUGUACCUGAAGAAAGUACCCAGUGUUGCUUGGGAAUUCCAAAGAACCCAGACGAUCAGUGCAGUUUUGGAAAUCCCUGGUUAAAACCAAUGGAUCUCUGAAAGAUUUCAUCCGCCAUCUUGAUUCAAGAUGGUGUCCAGAAAACCACAAGACAGAAAACCUGAACCAUGAUGCUGAGUUUGAUUACAAUAUUUUAAAAGGUGUCCCAAAUAGUAGACAAAGAGACAACCCUCUUUUCAAAAUUUACAGUAGGUGCUGAUCUAGAUAGAUUUAAUAUAAGGCAGCUUCUGACUCUGUAAUGCAGAGUCCAGAUGCUUUGGACUGCAACUCCCAACAGCCCCAGCAAGCCUCCGGGGCUGAUGGGAGUUGUAGUCCAAAACUUCUGGAAGCCACUUGGUUAAAAGGCUGCUUGGAAGAUUUGUAUGUCCCUGAGCAUAUUCUUGUGACUGAGGGGGGUAGAGUUAGUGUGCUUGUUGCUCUCUUCCCCCCUCCACAUGUUGACAUCACCCUAACUGUAAUGUCCAAAGAAGGCUUAAGUCUGGAUCCAACCGGUUCCAUGAAAUGAAAUGAAAUAAAACAGACCCAGAAAUGUUAGACAGCCUGGAAAAAUAAAAAGAGUCUUUGCCUGACUGGGCACCAGGCGAGCAUCUCCCUGGAAAGAGUGUUUCGAAGCUGGGAGGCCACCACCGAAAAGGCCCUCUCUUGUGUAACCUCCUGCUGUAUCUCAUGGGAGUCUGGAGAAGAGCCUCUGAUGAUGAAAUCAAAGUAGAGGCUGGCACAAGUGCAGGCAGGCAAUCUUUCAGGUGCCAAGUUGUGAAGAGCUCUGACGAUUAAGACUAGCACUUAGAACUGGGCUCAGCAGUGAACUGUUAGCCAGUGCCUUUGGUAAACUGCAGGUGUAGAAUGAUCAGAAGGUUCAGUUCCAGUUAGUAGUCCAGCCAGGUGUAUUCUGGAUUAACUGCAGUUUCUGAACCAUCUUUAGGGUCAGCCCCAAUCAUAAUGCACCGUGGUUGCCUAACCUGUGCAAAUAGUCCAGGAAAACUAGUUGGGACAGUAUUAGGCAGAUUGCUAUGCAAAUACAGAAAAUGCAAAAUAGAGUGUCCCCAAAUUAUACAGAAACCACAGACCAAGUCAAUGGGACCUGUAAACAUUAUAAGAGGUGAUUGUUGUACUUGGUAGAAAAAAACAAUGCAAUAUAUUGCAACAAUAGUACACAAAAGCAUGUAAGAUUCUUAUUAUAUGCAGAAUAGGCUCACAGAGUACCCAGAAAAUGAGACUGAAAAUGCAAAUGUCUUUGUGAAGCAGAAGAAGAAUGUACUACAAACGAGAUCUCUUUGUUUCAUUGUUUCCUCAAAACCCAAUUUAGAAAGGAGGAAUUUCUCAUGGUUGGCAGCUGAAAACAACCCACUUAGGUUUCUUCCAAAAACCACACCCCCCCAAAACAUAUUAUUUGAUGUGAAUUGUCCAAAGUAACUUAACCAGCCGAAUGUCCCCUAAUAGGGCUGAUUGUUCCCUGGAAAUUUCAGAAUGCGGGAUUCAAUUAUUAGAAUUAGAAAGUGUGGCAGGGCGGUUACUCUGCGUGCUCAAAUAGUGCUAUUUAUUGCAAAGUUUGAAUUUCAGUUGUGGAAUGCUUGCAAACCCCUCCCCCCCCCCCAGUUUGCGCGGGAGGCAAAGAAAUACUGAGAGUUGCUUUCCUAGAUCAGUUCCAAGAGAUUUCCUCUCUAAAGCACAUUGUUAAAAAGGAACAACUGCCACUAUCGAUCUCCAAAGCAGAGCAGAAAGAAGAAGUUACAACCUUGCAAUUUUUGUUUUAUAAAAAAAGAAAUGCGUUUCCCCUCUGAGAAGAUGUGAGACAGGGGGCGGCAAAGUUUACCUUGCCUGAGCCGGUUCACUCCAAUGGAGAUCCCUCUGUGGGCUGGAUUGUGAGCGUGCGGGCGCACCCGCGAUUUCUGGCACUGCAGAAGCGAGUCCCUGCGCCGCACCGGUUUAGCGCAGCGCAUGGGAACUCGCUGAGUGGGCAGCUUGGUUCAGGGGUGGCUUGUGGGCCAGUUAAAUGACCCCCGUGGGCCGUUUGUGGCCCAUGGGCCUUAGGUUGCCUACCCCCUGAUGUGAGACAUUCACCUGGCAGGUGACCUAUGGAAAGGGUUUGGUUUUCUUCUAUCUGAAGCCUCCUCGGAGCAAGUCUGGUGCUUGAUUAACUGGCCUAAUAUUUGCAGCAAGGAAAAUGGAAGGGUGGGGGGGGCAGGAGGAGUAUUGCCUGCAAAAUGCUUACAAGAAAUGCCACUUUUAUAGAACGAAAAGCAGCCUUAGGAGGUUGCAGUUUUAGACAGCAGGUGGGAACACCCUUCUAGGACCCUUCAGGUGAAGCACUCCACUCCUGUCCUCCAUGCAACUUUGCAGGCCACCCAAGAAAGCACCACCAUAGCAAAUCGGUCGACCCUUGUUAAAUCCGUUGGUGGGCAGCAUGUAGUUUGCUCCUUUGAACUUACCUUUGUUCUGUCUCUUAGACCAGGGAAGCCCAAGGGCAAGUACAGCCCUCUAAAUAAUAAUAAUAAUAAUAAUAAUAAUAAUAAUAAUAAUAAUUUAUUAUUUAUACCCCACCCAUCUGGCUGAGUUUCCCCAGCCACUCUGGGCAGCUCCCAAUAGUGUGUUAAAAACAAUACAGCAUUAAAUAUUAAAAACUUCCCUAAACAGGGCUGCCUUCAGAUGUCUUUUAAAGAUAGGAUAGCUGCUUAUUUCCGUGACAUCUGCUGGGAGGGCGUUCCACAGGGCAGGCGCCACUACCGAGAAGGCCCUCUGUCUGGUUCCCUAAAGAGUUCCCAGCAAGCCAUGCCAUCUUUCCCCUGAUCUUGUGACCUCCAGUGCUUUCGCCUGGCUGGAAUAAAGCCUCUUCGCUGCCCCUGGUGGAUAAAUGUGUGGCUUUAGCAUGGCAGGAAUGUCAUCUACAGCUGCUUUGCCCACAUUUUGCCUCUGCCUGCAUGUGCCCCCCCCCCCCAGAAGGGUGUCAAUGAAGGAAUGUGGCCCCUGGGCUGAAAAAGGUUUCCUAUUCUUGUCUUAGAUUGGUUAGCCAGCAAUAACUUGCAACCAUGUGUGUGUGUGUGUGUGUGUGUGCGCGCGCGUGCAGAAUGGUUGGGUAUUGCUAACUCCACCACUGUGGUUGGCUGGGGCCGGUUUUGAUAGCUUUUGUUAAGUAAAUCUAGCUCAGGGGUAGUCAACCUUUCUAAACCUACUGCCCACUAAUGCAUCUUUCUUGAUGGUAAAAUUUCCUCACUGCCCACCAGUGCUUGAUGGAAGGAGGAUUCAGCUUGUGCCAUAGAACCCACUACCGCCCACCUAGAAUCCUGAAACGCCCAGUAGUGGAUGGUAGGGACCAGGUUGGCAACCCAGGGUCUAGCACAUCAGGGAGGAAAGUUCUGUUGCAGCCCCACUACCUGCUGUACAGUCAUACCUCAGGUUGAAGUUGCUUCAGGCUGAGCUUUUUCGGAUUGUGCUCCGUGGCGACCCGGAUGUAAUGGAACAUGUUACUUCUGGGUUUCACCGCUUGUGCAUGCACAGACAUGCAAAAUGACACCACGCACAUGCACGGAAACGUUGAAUCGCAGACGCAGGUAGCGUUCUACUCUGGAUACAAACGGGGCUCCGGGACGGAUCCCAUUCAUAUCCAGAGGUACCACUGUAUUAGUUUUCUGACUGCAGAGUGCACGCGCCAGCAUGCACACACACACACACACACACACACGAUGAGAGUUGUUACCUCUUGAAACUUCUGAGAAACAUUCUAAAAUGUGAUCCUCCACCAACAUUCUGAAAGUAUAAAAUUAGUUCUACCACUGCAGGAUAGCUCACUUGGUAAAGCAUGAGACUCUCAACCUCAGGGUCGUGGGUUCGAGCACCACGUUGGGCAACAGAGCCCUGUGUUGCAGUGGUUUGCAGUAGAUUACCUUUGGGGUCUCUGCCAGCUGUAAAAUUCUGUGAGUCCAUUGCACUGCCAUUACAUUCUACUGUAGGUGUAGAGCAAGCCUUUAGAGAUGACAGGUGCUGGAUCCUAAAUUCACAAUGGGCUUUUAUAAUAGAAAAUUCCAAACCUGGAUACCAGGAGUUUGAUCUUCUUGCUAUGAGCUGGGUGCAUGGGUGGGGUGAGUUAUUUUGGGCCAGUCACUGCUCCUAAGCCUAGCCUACCACACAGGGUUGUAAAGGAAGGACAGAACAAUAUACACUACCUUGAGAGAAAGGUGGGAUAUAAAUGCAACAAAUAAUGAUAUUAAAGAUUGUGCUCAGGAGACCAUCAGGUGGAGGGUUGCCAGGGAAUCAUGCUUCUUUCUGGGGAUGGGCACAUCACUUACACACCUGGAACUCGCAGGUCCCUGGAAGAAAGAUUCCUUUGAGGCAGCAAGAGUAGCAACUGCUAUCUGGGGAUGCUGCAAAGAUAUCAGCUCCACUUAGGAUUGCUAACUGACCAGGUUAAAAAACGGUCUGGCUGAUGUGGUUAAACUGUGGAACUCACUUCCACAAGACAUAGUUGCGUGAACUUCCAGUGUUCUGGUGCUGGACAGGAGACAUUGCUGCCCUGCCUUCACAUUGCUGAAUGUACCUGCUGGUGGCCACAGUGGAAAGGAACAUCGGAUUGGCUCCGUACCAUGCUGAGCUCCCUGCUCCUCACCUGUCUUGGGAACCAAUAGCGAUGCUAGGCAUGGGGAGGCGGUUGAUCAACACCCUUCCACCUGGGCUGCCCCACUGACUGCUACUGUGUAGCAGCCACCAGCUAAGAUGACUUUAAAGAAGAUUAGACAGAAUGCAUCGAGGGUAAAGCUAUCGCUGGCUAUUAGCCAGAACGACUAUGUUCUCUCUCCACUGCUGGAGGCAGCAUGCUUCUGAAUGCCAGGCACUAGGGAUACCAGGUAGAGAAAGUGCUGUUGCUGUCAUGUCCUACUUGCGGGUUUCCUCGUAAACAUUUGUUUGGCCUCUGCGAGAACAAAAUGCUUGAUUAGAUGUGCCCUUAGUCUGAUCCAUCAGGGCUCUAGCAUUCUCCUGUAUCUUUGAACGCCAGUGUGCGGAUAUCAGUAGGUGACUGAUAAUCUACAGGCUGUUAAAAGCUUUCGCCUGCUAAUUUCUGACCCGUAAAGGGAGUCUCUCAUCUGCUCUGGUGCUUUUUACAGCAGCUUGAUUUGAAGAAUCUUCUGGGUUGUUCCAACAGUUUGAAGAGGAAACAUCACCACCUGCUAAUGUCUGGACAUUGAACAGCAGCCCAAAGCACUGCUGUUAGUGGACUGAAAAGUUGUCAGUCUCAGUGCCACCAAGUUGUGCAGUGUGCAAAUUUAGACAGAGAUCGCUGCUCACUUUGGACUGAAAUACUUGCAAACAGAAUUGUGCGGUGUAAGAGAGUCCCCUCACACAUCAGUUGAUUUUUACCUCCUGAGAUUUCCGUGGUAUCUUUCUCUGCUCCACCCCACGUUUCUAAAUAGCAGGUUCCACUGACAUUUGCUCAAAGGAAGCCACGUGGGAGAAAAGAUCCUCUCCAGCAAAAAGUUCAUCUGUUGCUCAGUCCCCUGAUCCAUAAUCUGCUCUAUCUUCUGGGUGCAGAUCAGGAAUAUUGUCAAGUCUAGGACUUAUCUCAGUAGCCCCUUAAAACAUCUUUGGCCCCUAGCAAGUGCUUGACCUUGCCUGUUGCAGGUGCCAAUGCUGCUAACUACCAAAGAGUACCAACAUGGUUUCUCAAGCUCUGCCAGCGCUAAUGUUUGUAGUGUUCAGAUUUGGCACAUGAGCCUCACUGCUUGGCUGUAAUUACUUGUCUCGUAAGCACAUGCCCUUCAUGUUUGUUAAUAUCUCCAGAGGGUUCCAAAUGGAGUGACACAUAUAUUUUAUUUUUCCCACACUAGAAAUGAAACAUUUAUCUUCUGCGCGUUCCUAGUGAAUGUGCUUAUUUGCCAGGUCUUCACAUUUAUCACAAAGUAGUAGUUCUUAUGUUUUGAAUGAGGCCUUCAAAGCUGAAACACUGUUCUGUUCCUUUGCAGAUAGGAGGUGCAGGAUUUGGAAGGGGGAAAUCUGGAACUUGCACUUUUGCUUAUAGGGGGAAACUUGCAACCGUGUUGAAAUGAAUAAUUAUCCUCAGCCACUGAUAGAUUCCAUUCGUAUGGCUGCAUUAGACAAGAAAUUAUUGUGGCUGCCAAUCAGUUAAAGGAUUUUUAGUUGAUUAAUCACCCGCAUUUUGAAGGAAAAUGUUUUGUCAUAGAAUCAUAGAUUUGUAGAGUUGGAAAGGACCCCAAGGGCCAUCUCAUCCGGCCUCCUGCAAUGCAGGAAUCUUUUGCCCAAUGUGGGGCUGUCAGACCCACAACCCUGAGAUUAAGAUGAAGGAAGAGCAAUAUAACGUGACAAUUUAGUAAGCAAAGUUCAUGGUUCGAAGGACGGGUCUUUUUUCUUUUUUGAAUCCAAAAUUACCUCGAAUAGGAAAUUAGUAUCGCUCAACUCUCAGCUCCAUUGAUAAAAAUCUGUCCUUGGUGGAUUUCAUCAAAUGAUGCUGUAACAGUUUAUUAGUCUAGUUUAUUGCAAGGGUGAAGAAUUUGUGGAUGUUGUUGGACUCCCAUCUAGGGGUGGGUGUUGCACAUUCUCUUUUAAGUGUUUUCAGUGCUGUUUUUAAUAGCAUUACUUGUUUAACUGGUGUUUGUGUGUGUUUUUAAAAAAGAAUAAAUUGUGUGUUUUUAGCUGUAUUUGUUUUAACUCAUGCCGUGAGCUGUCUUAGGUCCUGCACUGGGAGAAAGGCAGGAUAUUAAAUAAAUAAAGAAAAAUAAAAUCAGCCCCAGCCAGCAUGACCAAUAUUCCAAGAUUAUGAGAGUUGGCGCCUAAUAAUAUCUUGAGGGCUACAGACCCUGCAUCCCUAAAUUAAAUUUUAAAAUUGUUUAAAAUUAUUUUAAAAACAUUUGUCUUCGAGGCCUUGUUUAGUUAUAACACUAAUCUACGUUACACGAAUGAGCCGUGGGCUAGCGGAUUUCCAUUUCCAUUUUUUAUUAACCCUAAAGUGUGGUUAGUCUUAACGCCGUGGUUUGAAGUUGGCUUGUUUUAGUCAGCUAUAAUUGUGACUAAUCAGUUCGUUUGGGUUCAGACACAGUGCUAAGCUAAUUAUAUUUAAAGCUUUAAUUAGUUUGGAACCGAGUUAUUUUAGCAGGCAUGUAUGAAACUGCUUGGGCAUUAAGAUCUACCUUGAGAGUCCAUGCUGGUAAGUAGGGUUGAUCCAGUCUGCAGGCAUGAUGAGCCGGGGCCUUUUCUGUGGUGACCCCUUAGAUUAUUGAACUCCUUACUCCAUGAAGGCACAGAAAGCCCCCAUGCAAUAAGUGGCUUAGAAGGCUCAUUUAUUUUUCAAAGGCAUUUAAUAAUAGAAAAUAUCAACAAUAACAACUUAUAUAAAUACCAUUUCAGAUCAAAUAAUGUAAAAUAUUCUUAAUUGAGAUGGUUAUUUUAGCAAUCUGUUCUCAGAUGUAUGCCAGUUUUUUGCAGUUUUUAAAAAAAUUUUAACUGACCUGCUAGCUUUUAAAAACGUGUUGCAGUCUUUUCCCAUUAUUCAUGUGUAUGUGUUUAUUAUGAGAUGUAAGCUGCUUUUGGUGCUUAAAAAGCCAGCCUACAUAAAACUGAAUAAAUGUGCACACACAGCCGUGAAAAUGAUCUGCCUGAGUUUUGAUGCUCUGUUAAGCAACCACCAUGCUGUCAUGUGGCAUCCAAAAAUGACCAUGGCCACCUGCAUUUUGCUCACACCCUUCCCUUGAGGAUGUGAAACCCGGCUUUGGCUGCUGUCUCUGUACCCUGCCCAAUUUCAAUCCCUGCAGCUUUGCGAGAGACAGAGAAGCCACUUCUGUUCACGUGAACUGCUGAGCAGCUGUGUCUUCUGUCUCGGCAGACAGCAAACCUUCAAGACAGUGUCUGCAAGGCUGAAAGUAGGGCAAGACACCGGGAAAAAAAAGCCUUUUCUUUCUUUUUUCUCUUUAUUGCAAAUGAGGGAGACUGGGUCUGCCACAGUUUCCUUUGUGACAGAUUGCUCUGUCUGGCUGGAGGAGCCUGUCUGCUUAAGCACAGAGAGGCUGCUUUUCACAAACAUGGAAGCUUGCCUUUGAAGUUUUCUGAAUUUCUCCUAGUCCGUCUCUUUUCCACUGUCACAGCCACCUGUUUUCUCUGUGGUGGAAGGAGAUGGGUGGGUGAAAAUCCCACCCCCUACAAUUGGGUCAUACCUUCCUUUCUAGGAAAACUGUUUUGACAGAGGUCUUCUCGUUAUUAGCUAAUCUUACACCUUAUGCACAGAUGUGCAGGCAAAUUGUGGCUUUCUUGAGCAGCCCUUAACAGGAGAUCUUCCGUGUGGUGAAUCCAGGCUGCAGUUUGACUAGAGAACACAAAGAGAAUGGGAUGUGACAUUAGGUGUGGAAUUCAGAGAUCCCUGUGUUCAUUUUGUCCUGAACACAUGUAACCAGUCCUCAAUAUUGCGAAGAUGUUCUCGCCAGCUGCAGCCUUGGAAGCUAGGGAGUUGGCAGAAGAAAUUUUUCAGGGGUUGGGCUUCAGAGUCCUGCCCUUUUCCCAUAGUUAGCAAUAACAGAAUGAACGUUGCAAACAAAAGGGUAGCAUAUAGUUCCUUACAUUUGCCAUAAUUUAAUAACAACAACAACAACAACAACAAAACAACAACAGCAACAAUAAUAGUAAUAAUAAUAAUAGCAACAACAACAAUAAAAAAGAAGAAAAUAGUAAGAAAUAUCAGGGCAUAUUACGACAGCAAACAAUAGCAUAUAGAAACUAGAGACAUGGAAGCCAGGGGAGGGUCGAAAAAUUAGGGGGGGAACCCCACCCUAAUUUGUGGGGGCUUACAUUUUUCAUUAAAAGAUAAAAUGGGAAAAGAUAUAGGCCAGAGCAAUCCAAAUCCCAAGAUACAGACGUUCUUCCAGAGAGAAGAGGAAUGUCCACCACGGAGCCUCUCCUGUGCCCAUGGAAAAUUGGGCUGGCAUAGGUCCACAGCCAGCUGUGUUUUGAGUGAUGGCAGCUGUCAUUAGGCUCCCAAAGGGGUGGAGCUGUAGUUCAGUGGUGGAGCACCUGCUUUGCAUGCAGAAGUUCCCAGGUUCGUUCCUCAGCAGCAUCUCCAGGUAGUCUGGGAAUGGCCCUUUCCCGAAACCCUGGAGAGCUGCUGCCAGUCAGAGUAGACAGUACUGAGCUAGAUGGGCCAUUGAACCAGUUCGGUAUAAGGCAGCAUUCUAGGUUCCUAUGCGGGCAUGGUGCCGAUUCUUCCUACUGUCUCUUCUUUCCUGCGCUUAUUUAACUGCCUUUCCAAUCAGUCUAAAGCCUUUUGUUCCUUUUGACUCUCCCCGUUCUAAUGGGGAUACCUCUCUUUUUACCCAGUGUCUGGUCCUUCUAUUCCAGGCAAGAAAAUAUUAUGUCAUCUUGCCCACAUCUGCCCCACACCCCCACACCCACUUUCCUUUUCAAGCAGGUGUCAAGAGUCUUCCAGUUGGGGGAAGUGCGAUGGCUCAGUGGCACAGAAGUUGCUUUUGCAUUCAAAGGAUGCAAAGGUUCAUUUCUCAGUGGCAUCUCCAGGGUAGCCCUGGGAAUGCCCCCCUGCUUGAAAUCCUGGGGGGCUGUUGCCUUCCAGUCAGUGUACUAGUCAUGGGACUAGAUGGGCAGACAGUUUGCUUAGGUAUAAGCCUACCUGUGCUCCUAUACAAGUGGAUCAUUGGGUGUGUGAGAGGUGGGGCAAAGGCAGGCUUGAAUGUGCUGGAUCCAAAGCUCAUCUGUUCCCUCAAGGGGCCCCAGGAUUGGGCCCAUUACCGAUGCCAGCCUAGAAACUUGGUUGGGUGAUUUCUCCUCCCCUACUGGGGGAGUUUAUUGCAUGUUAUUGUUCUGUAUAAUGCCUUUAAAGACAAAUAAACAGUUAAAAGAGAAGUUUAGACCAGCUAAUCUUACACUGGUGGAAAGUCUCCAUCCUGCUAACCAAACUUGGUCCACCAGACUGUUUUCUCCCAAACCACAGCCACCUGCCCUGCACCUGAUGUAAUAUAUGGGGCAGGUAGACAUGCAUUGCAGGAGGUUGGACUAGAUGACCCUUAGGGUCUCUUCCAGCUCCACAGUUCUAUGAUUCUAUGUGGCUGCAAUUGGGAACUAUAAUGUGAGCUCUUCCCAUGCCCUACACAAUGCUUUGAAGUCCCAGCUUCGGGGUUUCAAAGCACCCACUCACCUGAUAUCAGAGGCCACUAAAUAAAAUGCAGCAGCUGCUUACUGCAGUCCAGCAAAACUCGGGCAUUUGAGAGUCAGCAUAUCUCAGGCCAAACUUAAAUAAAAUAAAAUACUAAACAAAAACUAAAAUAAGUUGCAGAGUUUUCUCUGGUGAGGUAGUGGCCUUGAACUGGAAUCUGGAAGUCCAAAUCCAGAGUCUCACCUGAUAUCAUUUCAAGGCCCCAUCAAAUUUAGCCUGCAAUAAUCUGGCCCACAGCAUCAAAAGGUUUUCUCACCCCAAAGUAAAUGCAAUUGAAUUAAGCACCAAGGCGGUUUACAGAAAUGCAAAUCCAGUUGCAAGGCAUUCCUGACAGUGCAGUCCUAUGCAUACGUGCUCAGAAGCAAGUCCUGUUGAAAUCAGUGGGCCUUGCUGUGCUCGAUAGGGAUUGCAUCCUAAGGACAACACAGAUUGAGUCAUUGCUGUGCUGCUGUUAUCUCCUCAGGUGGUGCAAGGAGUGAGACACAGAAAAAGCUUGGAGAGGCAGGGAGGGGCUUAAUCAGGAAGUGGGCAUUGCACUGUACCAAGCCCCAUUGGGAGACCUAUGGCAGAGCACUGGGAAGCAUAGUGCAGGUAGUGGGGUCAAGAACGUAUGUCAGUAAGCGGAGCAGCUGGAACUCCAGCAGGAUAAGGGCUGGGGCAGCCAAGGAUGGGUGCUGGAAAGAUCAGGACAAGAGCAGGAUUAGCCACUCACAGUGACAAAGGUAUUGUUUGGGAGGAAAUGGUGCAUGGAGAACGCCAAAGCUGCAGCUACGAUUUGGGGGUGGGGGUGGAGAUUGGGCGUAAGGCUGAAGGGAGUGUUUGCACUUUUCUGUUUAGCCUUUCUCGCCUCCCCAACUGGCUGCAGUUCCCCAGAUGUUUUGUACUAAAGGUGGGAAAGACCAAGGUGGAUAAAAUGCAUAUGGAUCUGGAUCAACUGGUAGAUAUUGGCAGUGCUGGAUUUAUGUACAGUGGUACCUUGGGUGAUACGCAUGAUGUCCAACAACAGUUAUGCUUGUUCAACCAUGGUUUGGUUGUGAUGUCUGAAUUAAACCUUUAUGCCUCAGCCCUGUUUUCUUAUCUGUAUUGCAGUUGCUCCAAGGUAUGUCUAAUCGAGUUACAAAAUUUUAGGGAAAUGCCUGGAGGGUGAAUCUUAUCAAUAGUAAUUAGCAAUGACAAUUUUGUGUGUGGAGGGGAAACACAAUAGGAGAAGCCUCUGUCUCUCUCUUGGACUUGUUUGUGAGCUUUCCAAGGGCAUCCUGCUAACUUCAUCUGGAGAUAACUAAAUGGAACCUUUGGUCUGAUCUAGCAAGGCAGGUUUAUGCUCUUGCUUCCUGUGUGCAAUCCACCUCUGAGUAAAAUACACUUUUAGUUUAGCAGCUGCUCUGCUUUGCUUACUCUCAUUUGUCUGUGCCAUUCCAGACAAAAAGACCUUCUUAGAUUGCUGCUGAUAGCAAUCUAAGGCAUCAGACCCACCAAAUUGUUCUGAGAAUAAAUAAGAGAAAGAGAUAGCAAUAAGCCCCAGGUGUUGGGCAGUAUGCUGCAUACCUAAAUGAGCAAUGGCUUUUGGUCCUCAGACUCUUAGCAGUGUAUUCCUGAGCACAUCGACACAGAAGUUCAGUGGGACUUACUCUUUAAUAAGUAUGUUUUGGAUUGCUGGCUGAGUCUGCCACUCUAAGCCCAGUUACUUAGAAGUAAGUUCCAUCUGUAUCAGUGAUGUAUACAUUUGAGAAGAGGGUCAAGGUUUCGGAGGUGUUGUGGUGCUGCAGUUUGAAAAACACAGAACAAAGCCACCCCCACCUGCUACCCCUUGGCAUGACUGGAACUGGGAAGGGGUGUCGCACAGAGACAGAGAGCCCAUUUUGCAUGCAGAAGAUCCCAGGCUCAGUCUCCAACAUAUCUAGGUAGGGCUGGAGGAGACGUUGUUGUUGGCAUCUGCCUGUCUCAGGAGACAGUGGAGGAGUACGCCUUUGGAGGGGAAGUCAAUCCGAUGAAGAGUUACAGCACCCGCUGUGGCUGUAGAGACCAAUACAGGAGAGACCUGUUUUGUUGCAGAUGAAGGCGUCUGGUUGUGCCGCUGCAGAUGCACCAUGGCGUCCCUUCUCUCUGAGCUCCUCCCAGCAGUCAUUCCUUCUCUGGUCACUGCUGUGGAUGCAAGAUCUGACUGUCUGUCUCUGCAAGGGAUUCCCACAUGGCGGGGUUGAUGUUGCCAGCUUUCAUGUCACGUUUGCAGACAUCUUUGUAACGAGAGUCGGUCUGCCAACGGGUUUGGUGCUGGAAGCCAGCUCCCCGUAGAGACACCUGUCUGAAAUUCUAGAGAGCUGCUGUAGAGAGUACUGAGCUAAAUGGCUAGAUCCAGUACAUAUAAGGCAUCUUGCUACAUUCCUAUAAACCUCUUUCGGAAUCCAAAUUCCCCAAUAAAGCUUUUGAAUUAUGGCUGGGGUUAACAGUUGCUUGAGUGAAUUUUGCAUGGAAAAAUGUUUUUCCUCAGAUGUGAAUCCAAGUGCCUCUCAGAAACAUCUUGCCUAUUGACUUCACACUGAUUCAAUCUCGCCAUUGUCAAACGUGCCCAAAGAUGUUGGCAGGCUUCCCUUAAAGGGAUCAUCUGACAGGGUCACAGCUCAGUGGCACAAUUCCUGGCUCUACCACCCAAUGGUUUGCUAACUCAUCCUGAUCCCUCUGUCGCAAAACCAUUCUCUGCUGCUAGGGCUGCCACCGGUGCCAACGAUAGAUGCUUUGGUGAGAGAUGGGUUUCCCUUGAGAUCCAAGACACAGGAAUUCCAUGGAAAGUCCCCUUGUAUUGAAUGAGACCAUAUGUCAGUAUUUUUGGGGGAAAUGGUGUUCCCCCCACCCAUUUGCUUUUGAAGCCUACGUCCAUACCCAGCAUAAAAGCAUAAAAAGAGUAUUCUGGAUCAGGCCAGUGGCCCAUCUAGUGCAGUAUCCUGUUCUCACAGUUACCAACCCAAUGCCUGUGGGAAAUCUGCAAGCAGGAAGUUGAGCACAAGAUCAUCCUCCCCUCCUGCAGUUUCCAGCAACUGGCAUUCAGAAGAGGGAGGGUGUGUCCAAAGGAAAAUGAAUUAAUAUAUAUAUUUGUAUUAAUGUAACAUUUCUAUAUGUAAGUGUAUUUUUGUAAUAAUUUCAGUUGUGCGUUGCAGCUUCAGUUUUCUGUACACUGCUUAGAGAUAUUUUAAUAUAUUAAGCGGUAUAGAAAUUAAAUAACCAACCACUCAAUCAAUCAAUCAAUCAAUCAAUCAAUUACAGCCUCCAGCCUAGAGGCAGAAUGUAGCAACCAGUAUAGCCUUAUCCUCAGUGAAUUUGCCUAAUGCUCUUUCAUCCCAGAGCUGGCAUUGUGAGGGCAAUUGCUAAGGCAAACAAACAGUAAUAACAGACAGCCUAUAAUCUUUGAGAAUUCUUGGAGAACAGGUGAGGUCCCUGCAAAUGUUGCCCCUGCCUUCAAAAAGGGGGAAAACAAGACCCAGGUUGUAUUACAUGACGACAUCACCAUCACAAGUGACGGGGGAAGCUCCUGCUCAUGUUCCCAUGUUCUGUGGAAAUCCAACAGCCCAAGCAGAUCCAGAACAAGUGAGCAUUUUAAAGCACAGGCUCCAGCUGCAAAGGGUUAACGUUUCUCACUGUGUGGUGAAUGGCUCCACUCUAUAGAACUUUUAUCAACAAGGAAUCAUGGAUUCCAUAGAUUCCCAAGGGUCCUCUAGUCCAACCCCCUGCAAUGCAGGAAUCUCAAAUAAGCAUCCAUGACAGGUUGCCAUCCAACCUCUGCUUACAAACCUCCAAGGAAGGAGAGUCCACCACCUCUCGUGGGAGUCCAUUCCACUGCCAAACAGCUCUGACUGUCAGAAAGUUUUUCCGAAUGUUUAGUCGGAAUCUCCUUUCUUGCAUCCUGAAGCCAUUGGUUUGAAUCCUACCCUCCAGAGCAGGAGAAAACAAGCAUGCUCCCUCUUCCAUGUGACAGCCCUUAAGAUAUUUGAAGAUGGCAAUCAUAUCUCCUCUUUUCCAGGCUAAACAUACCCAGCUCCUUCAAGCGCUCCUCAUAAGGCUUAGUUUCCAGACCCUUGAUCAUCUUGGUUGCCAUCCUCUGCACACAUUCCAGCUUGUCAGCAUCCUUGAGCCAGUGUGGUGUAGUGGUUAAGAGCGGUAGACUCGUAAUCUGGUGAACCGGGUUCGCAUCUCCGCUCCUCCACAUGCAGCUGCUGGGUGACCUUGGGCUAGUCACACUUCUCUGAAGUCUCUCAGCCCCACUCACCUCACAGAGUGUUUGUUGUGGGGGAGGAAGGGAAAGGAGAACGUUAGCCGCUUUGAGACUCCUUAGGGUAGUGAAAAAGCGGGAUGUCAAAUCCAAACUCUUCUUUUCUUCUUCUUCUUCUUAAAUUGUGAUGCCCAGAAUUGGACACAGUAUUCUAAGUGUGGUUUGACUAAGGGAGAAUAAAGGUAAAGGGACCCCUAACCAUUAGGUCCAGUCGCAGACGACUCUGGGGUUGCGGCGCUCAUCUCACUUUAUUGGCAGAGGGAGCCGGCGUACAUCCAGGUCAUGUGGCCAGCAUGACUAAGCCGCUUCUGGCGAACCAGAGCAGUGCAGGGAAACACUGUUUACCUUCCCGCCGGAGCAGUACCUAUUUAUCUACUUGCACUUUGUGCUUUCGAACUGCUAGGUUGGCAGGAACAGGGACUGAGCAACAGGAGCUCACCCCGUCGCGGGGAUUCGAACCGCCGACCUUCUGAUCGGCAAGUCCUAGGCUCUGUGGUUUAAGCCACAGCACCACCCGCAGAAUAGAGUGGUACUAUUACUUCCCUUUAUACUAUACUUACACUAUACUUCUGUUGAUGCAGCCUAGAAUAGCAUUAGCAGCCUAGAAUAGCAUUACUAGUUGGUUCUUCCACCUUCUGGGAAAUGAAAUUGCCAGCGAUGCAAUGGAGGAAUUUACACUCUUACACUCUUGGCAGAGUUUGAAUUUCAACAGAUAACAGGGAAUUUGAAGUCUCCCAUGAUUACUAUUUCUCUCCUUUUUGAAUGUUUGGUAAUCUGCUCUAGUAAGGCAUCAUCCAAGUCUUCAGUUUGCCUUGGCGGUCUAUAGCAGACACCCACAGUAAGGUCACUGUUGUUUCUCUCUCCUACAAUUUUUACCCAUAUACACUCAUCUGCUUUUCAUGCUCCAGGUCAUGGAUUUCUUCACAAGUGUACACAUCCUUUAUAUAUACUGUAAUGCUACUUCUCCCUUCCUGUUUGGUCUAUUCCUUUUAAACAGGUUAUACUCCUCAAUUCCUACAUUCCAGUCCUGAGUCUCAUCCCACCAGGUUUCAGUAAUACUUACCAGGUCGUAUUUGCCAUCCUUUAUUAAAAGCUCCAGUUUAUCUUGCUUGUUUCCCAUACUCUGUGCAUUUGUGUAGAGACAACUGAAACCAUGAGUUGUUCCCUGCAGCUGCUUCCUUCCCGUAGUUUUUUGCCCUUUAGCAGGACCGCCACCUCAGUUUCCUGUGCAUCAAUGAAGCUGUUAUCCCCAGUGCCAGGUGCUCUUUUGUUGUUCGUAUUGUUUUCUCCCUCCCCCUCAAGAUCUAGUUAAAAGCUGUCCUGAUCAGAUUCUCAAGACUCUUGGCAAUCACAUUCUUGCCAACAAGGGCACGGCACUGUGACUUGAAAGGAGCCUGCUUCUGUUUUGCAGGGUGUAGACGGCUGACGGAACAGGUUGUUGCUGCCUCCGCAAAUGAUGGUUUGUCUGUCAUGUCAGCCAAACCUGGGGGGGGGGGGGAGAGACAACAAUCCACUGCCAAGGCAGAGAGAAGAAAAGAAGGAGGGAUACCGAAGUUACGGGUCAUUAGCUAGACAAGGAAGAGAAGUUCCUCCGCAGAACUGUAUGUGUCCAGCUGCUCAGGCUUCCAGUGGCUGAGGGCAUUUUCUUGGCACAGGAUGCGAAAGGAGACCUUUUUUCAAAAAAGCUUGCUACUCAUAUGUGUGUGUGUUUGGGUAUGCAUGAAUGUUGCUGAUAUAGGAUGGAAAAUAGAAAUCUAUUUUAAGUCUUAAUGUAUGUUCUACUUCUAUGGAAUUUGGACUUUGCAGCAAGGAUUGGAAUAAUGCAAAGAAGAAGAAGAAACACAGUAAUCAGGCCAGGGCCAAGGCUGGGGGCAUGAUGCAGCUCUCCAGGCCUCUCCUGACUGAUCCUCAGGACUCUUCCCAGCCAUGCCCCCUCUUCCAGGCCAUGUCUCUCACCUGCCCUGCUUUGUACACCUUCCCAAGUAUUUUUGCCUGACUGGGCUGUCUUUGGAAUUCUGAGCAUUCCUCUUGCUUGCCUGGAGGGCAAAUAUAUACCAACCUGAUUUUCCAUUACUCACUCCCGUAAUUCAGUCUUCCAUGGCUGUUGAGUAUGCUCAAUCCUCAUUAGGGUUUUUUUUUUUUUUGUGGGGGUGUUGUCGCUUAAGAGUUUUGUGUAGACCUACAAGCCUUUGGAUUAAGCAUACCUGCUGAUACCCCAUUCUUGUUCACUGGUCCAUUUUGUCAUUCUGGAUACCUAAGCAUCCUGAACACCUCAAUCAAAAGUUUUAAAAAGGUAAAGGACCCCUGGGCAGUUAAGUCCAGUCAUGGAUGACUCUGGGGUUGCGGCACUCAUCUCGCUUUACAGGCCAAGGGAGCCGGCGUUUGUCCGCAGACAGUUUUUCCCGAGUCAUGUGGCCAGCAUGACUAAGCCGCUUCUGGUGAAACCAGAGCACGGAAACGCCUUUUACCUUCCCACCGGAGUGGUACCUAUUUAUCUACUUUCACUUUGGGGCAUGCUUUCGAACUGCUAGGUUGGCAGGAGCUGGGACUGAGCAACGGGAGCCCAUCCCCGUCACAGGGAUUCAAACUGCCGACCUUCUGAUCGGCAAGCCCAAGAGGCUUAGUGGUUUAGACCACAGCGCCACCCGCGUCCCUCAACCAAAAGUUACUAGCCUAUUAAUGCUUAACACAUAAAAAGCCUGUUAUAAUAAUUUAUCAUCUGAGAAGAGCUACAUUUUGGUAUCUCUUUCCUGCUUGAUUGCCUAAGGUAGUUCUCACUCACCACAGGCGACUAGUCAAGUGGAUUUUUCCAGGUUUGCCUCAACCAUGAGUAGAACAGCAAAGUCGCCAAAUGCUUACUGGUCAGUGGAAGAUAAAUCUUUCACUUCAGUACAACUCUAUCUAUGCACCAUAAAGAAAAUGAAGGUAUCUUAUGGACCCAGGACAAGCAGGAAUAAAGUUUCUAUCCUGUGUUUUCUGACCGCCAAAUAUUCAGCUGUGAAAAGGCCAAUUUCCGCACACACACCUUCAAAAAUAAAUAAAAAUCCUGACAGUGGUUAAACCCAAGAGCUGUGCCGUUUUUGCUUUGCACAACAAUGCACUAGUAGCAGUGACUGCCAUAUUGACAGCCUAUUAUUGAUCCAUAAAGGCUUCGCGUGUCUCCGUUAACCUCCACGGGCAAGGCAGAGACUUUGGCUUCAAUUAGCGGGCAAUGCAUUAUUAAUCACAGCCAACUUCCAGGAAAUCUCUGCUUAAUGCUGUUCCGCUGUCCCAAAAAAAUGGCUUCUCUUCUGCCUGGUGCGUAGUGGUGGCAACACAAGGAGGGGUGUGUGGCAGACUGUGCCUGGAAAGCAUAGCUCAGUCUUUCAGUGCUAGAGCACAUCAUUUGCAUGCAGAAGGUCUCAUGUUUAGUUCCCUGCAACUCCAGUUAAAAGGAUCCAUGGCAGGAGAUCUCUGACCCUGGAGGGCCUGCUGCCAGUCAGAGUACACAACACUGGGUUGGGUAGGACACAGAGCCUGACCUAGAAUAAAGGCAGCUUCCUACACACCUCCCUUCGUAAUUUCCUCCCACGACUGUGAGUCCUUCCAUCGAUACCCCCUUCUGACAUUAUAUAAUGUUCUAAGCUUAUACAAUCUUACACAGCAGCAAUAAUUACGGACACAUUUCAAUCAUAAGUGCAUAAGCUCUCUAUGUGUUGCUUUUCAUCUAGAUUUGCUAUUUUCGGUGCACUGUGAACAUAAGCAAAUGAUUUGGAGUGCUCCAGAAUUUACACACCCAAGUGGUCUUGCCUGGCUGGAGUGUGUCUUUUAAUUCUAGUAAGACCUUUGGUUUAGAAUCCGAAUCGUAGAAUUGGAAGGGACCACGAGGGUCAUCUAGUACAACCCCCUGCAAUACAGGAAUAUAUAUAUAUAUAUAUGCCAAACAUGAGGUUCGAACCCUUGACCCUGGGGUUCAGAGUCCCAUGCUGUACCGACUGAGCUACCCCAGGUAUGUGCGGAUGGAGGAUGGAGACGGCUGAGUGAGCAGAAGCUGCUGUAGAGAGAUAAUAAUUACAUUUGAUGUUCCAGCAACUUUUAUCUCUGGCCCCAUUGACAUGUGGCCCUUGGGAAGUUGCUCAGGUGGGAAUGUGGCCCUCGGGCUCUAUUGUAUCUUAAGUUUUUAUUGAUUUCUUUUCAGGUAAAAAAGGGUGGAGGGCAGAAUACAAAUCCCUCAAAUAAACAGAAAGAUGUCCCUUUAGUAAAUGCUUCCAAACUGUGAGAUGGAUUUGAUGUUGGUUUCUGUAUGCAGCCCUUGGACAACAGCCCUCCAGCCGCCUUUACGAAACAGCUCCUUGCAACAGUUGCAUUCUUCUGUGUUAAAAACAAACCUGUUAAUUGCAUCACCUUGGAGUAUAAUGAAUUGGUGUUCUUAGCAUUUAUUUAAUCAGGGAGAGACAGGAAAGGGAAAAGAAAAAGGGGCGGGUGAGGAGAGAAAACCUUUUCUUGCAUACAAAUGUAAACUUUGGGUUGCCCCUGGGCCUUUACCUUCAGCAAGGUUUAAAUUGUUUCUAUUGAUCCUAGGAUUAGAAGAAGCAUUGCAGUGGUGUGUCUGUGUGCAGACGUUCAUUUUGCAUCUUCACCAGGCCAAAGUUGCUCUGUUUUUGUAGCUGGCUCCUAAACCAUAGCAGCUGCUUUGGUACGGCAAAGUGUCAGAUCUGUCCUCUUUACACCAGCAUUGAUGCAACUUACUCAGACAAGGGUGGGGUGGGGCAGGGCGGUGGCGAGGGUGGGACCAUGGGGGGGCACAUUGGUGGAUUCAGGUAAGCUGCAGCGAUGCUGCUAUUGGGAGAUCAGCUCCACCCUGCCCCACUGGCUGCUUCUGCUGCACAUUAGCAUUCUUUUAUAACUCUUGUGUCCCGUUUUCUCAGAAAACCAGCGUGGCUUGUCCUCCUCCUCAGACUUCCCCAGUGUCACUCCUGAGAUUGAGGAGGAGGAAGCCAACCCACUUGACUUAGUUGCAAGUCUGAAGGCAGGAACACAGGAAUCUCCCUUAUAACAAGUGAGACCAUUUAGCUCAGUACUGCCUACACUGGCUGGCAGGGUUGAACCCGGGACCUUCUGCAUGCAAAGCAGAUGCUCUGCUGCCUUUCCCCCAGACGUAUUCCCUUAGGGCUCUUUUUUGCAAUGUAGGAGGGGAUUCCCCCACAUAAGGAAAGGUAAAGCCAGCCUGGGUGGAGUAGAAAACUGGGACUUGAGAUACCUAGGUUUCAUUUUUUGCUUUGCUUUUAUUAUGUUGUGAACUGCCCUGAAAUCAAUAGAAUCGGGAGGGGUCCUGAGGGUCAUCCAGUCUAACCCCCUGCAAUGCAAGGGCAGUAUACAAAUUUAAUUAAUAGAUAAGUAGGGAUGCGGGUGGCGCUGUGGAUUAAACCACAGAGCCUAGGACUUGCCAAUCAGAAGGUCGGUGGUUCGAAUCCCCGCGACGGGGUGAGCUCCCGUUGCUCGGUCCCUGCUCCUGCCAACCUAGCAGUUCGAAAGCACGUCAAAGUGCAAGGAGAUAAAUAGGUACCACUCCGGCGGGAAGGUAAACGGUGUUUCCAUGCGGUGUUUCCAAUUUCAUGUUUCCAUGCGCUACUCUGGUUCACCAGAAGUGGCUUAGUCAUGCUGGCCACAUGACCUGGAAGCUGUACGCCGGCUCCCUCGGCCAGUAAAGUGAGAUGAGCACCACAACCCCAGAGUCGGCCACAACUGGACCUAAUGGUCAGGGGUCCCUUUACCUAGGGUCAGAUUCCCCACCAGAUUCCGGUGUUGUUGGCCAGUAACUACGUCGUAGCCCAGUCUACCAGACAGAGUGACCACAAGGAUAGAAUUGGUGGUUGUUGUGGUAGGAAUUGCGCCUUAUGGCUGCAAUCCUGUUCUCCAGGGGUGGGGAAGCCUUUUCAGCCCAGGAGCUACAUUCUUUGGGGGAGGGGUACCAUUCCAGGAGACCGAAUGCCACAUCAGUGGGUGGGACCAAAGCAAAGGUGGGCAGAGCAAGGAAUGUGAGCCUUACCAUUGCAACUGGACCAUGUAGGCUAUGUCCCAACCACAUAGGAGUCGGACAUUUUUGCACCCCUCCCCUUUGCCCCUGCUCUCUCCCCUCCCCCCGGUUGAAAUGCUGACAUUUGCUUCCUGCCAGCCCCGGUGCCUUCCCCCAUUGUUGCUGGCCUUGUCAUUCGAGCCUUAAAUUUAUUCAUGGAAGAUGUCAGAGCUCAGGUGGCAGCAGCUAAAUCCAUUUAGCAGCUGGAAUCCAAGGGAAGCCAUUUGAACGUUCUCGUUUUUGCGUUAACUUCGCAUGAGCCGAGAGACGUAAAAUCCAGAAUGUAUGAAGGCAAAAACGCAUCAAGAGCGGAUAAGCCAACAGUCGGUAAUGGGGGAGUAAAAGUAACAAUAAUAAAAGGCUCCCAAGAUGAAGGAUUAAAGGUUGCAACCAUCAGUAGAGUGAGAACUCAGACCUGGGGCUCAAAAGCAGCCCCUUGGGACUCUCCUCAGGCCACGCUUCCUCCGCAGACCCCAACCCUCAUUUGCUCUGGUCCACAGCCUCACCAAGUCCUUUUGCCUGACUGAAUUGUGUCCUUGAACUCUGAUAUUGUUUCUUCAUUGCUCAGAUGGAGGCUGCAGACACGCCUUUGACUUGGGAGAGAUGUAGCUUGCUUUACAAAAGAGGCACUUUUUGCCUCUGGCCACACCCACUGUUGGUCCCAGGAAGCUUGUUCACAAGCGAAUUUGGUCCUUGGGCUGAGAGAAAUAGUAUUUGUCCUGCUUCUGUUGUGCUCUAGGCCCUCCAGAUAGCAAUAAUAUUGGUUUUAUUGGGGAAGCAUCACAGAACGACGAAUGAAGCAGAGUAAAUUCACCUCCAGCGUACGAUUGUGGUAUCAAGAAUACAUUGCAGAAUACACCUGUAAUAAAGCACCCGUCUUGAGGGGUCCUUGGUCUCUCCCCACAACCGCUUUCUUCAUUUCAGCAGCCUAGUUUGGGGAAAUAGGGGUGUGUGUGUGUCUAUUGUUAAACCGUCCAGAGUCAGAAAUCCUUAUUUACCGUAAAUCACUCAGAGAUCUGCCAUAAUAUCCUUAUCUCAAUUUUUCCCUCCCUUCCACCCCUUUCAGUGCAAAUAUAGAAUUAUUAUCUUUCAUCUUGGAAUGCGUUUUGAUAAAAGAUGCAGUAUCGGCUAGGUGUUGUUUCUCAUUCUUCCCCCCCCCCCCCCGUUUUGUCAGAUUAUGUGCCAAUAUUUUUACAGUGUUUUCCCUCCAAACGUAUAAUAACCAGGAGAACAUCCACAGAUGAGUGGCAUAUUGAGAGAUGGAAGAAUCAGUAGGCUCUGCCUUGACAAACAUGAGUGAAGCCCAUGCAUUUAUAGACAAAGAGAGACAAACAGAGAACCUAAACUCUGACUUGCCCUGCAAUUUCACAGCGAUGAGAUUCUGGGAAAGUGGCUGGACCCAAUGGGAAGGGACAGAUUUGAAAACGUGUCACAAGCUGAAGCAAUCUGGCUAAAUGCUGCCUUGCCACCUUCUGUUUUCAAUUGAUGACCUCCCUAUAUUGGGGAUUAGAGACUGGUCAUGUAGUGGUUAGAGCAGUGGUUCUCCAAGGGUGUGGCAAGCCUGGUGGGAAGAUUCAAGGGCAAUCAAAUAAACAUUUCAACAUUUCUGUGUUGAAUGUCUAUACAAUUAGAAAUGGUAUUCACGCCUCUCUUCAAGAGCAUUAGCUAUUCUUCUACAUAUUGCGGUGAACAGUGAUAUUCAACUCUUGACAAAUAUGAAAGACCAGAAAAGAGUAAGACUUCUUUGUGCUGAUGAGAAGAUUAAAGCUUGUUCUGUCUCAAAAUAGACCUUAUAUAAAUGAGAUUACCCAGCAAAAGCAAGCUCACACCUCUCAUUGAGUCUGUAUACCUACUUAAGGUACAUAUGUAAGAGGCUCGUUUAUAUUUAUAUUUUGGGAAUGAUUCACGUUCUUAUAUAACUGCAUUGUUUUAUACAUUCUGGAUGCCCCACGAUUACAUUCUGAAGUAGUUGUGUGGUACGUUAUAAAUCAAGCACCGCUAGGAGAGGUUUCUUUUUGUUUUCCAAUGGAUUUAUUCCCAAUAAAAAAAAUCGAGCAAAUUUUUAUUCUGAAAGUGUGGUCCAGAUAAAAUUUUCUGAGGACCACUAGGUUAGAGUGUCAGAGUAGGACCUACUCAGCCACGAAGCCUACUGGUUAUGUGUGCAUGUAUGUAUGUGUUUAUAUGCCGCUAUCUGACUGGGUUCCUCCAGCUGCUCUGGGCAGCUUCCAACAAAUUAAAACACAACAAGACAUCAAACAUUAAAAAUUCCCUGAACAGUUGCUGUCUCUCUGCCUGCCUGCCUACCUACCUCACAGGGUUGUUGUGAGGAUGCAGUUUGGAUGGGGAGAACUAGUAUAGCUCCUUGAGCUCCUUAGAGGAAAGGUGGGAUAUAAAUGCAGCCAAUAACUUACAUGUGCGAUUUCUUUGUCUCUAGGAUAUGCUGAUGAUUUUGACUUCAAUUUAGAGGAUGCACUGGAUGAUGGCAUUCCAACGAAACGGCGUAAGUCACCCUUAUGCUGGAGAGAACUGGGUGGGGAGAGCAAACUUCAUUAUAUAUUGAUGUUUUCACAGAUGCAGGCACCUCCUACAGUUAUUUACAGCUUAAUAAUAAACUCAGUGGUUAUUGAACUCAAUGGGACUUGCUUUUGAGUACACAUGUGCUUGUGCUGUGAGAUUCAGUGAACUUUUUAAUUCUUCAUCCAGUUAAAAUGUCCUCCUUCCCUCUUUUUGUCUUAACUACAGCUACUCCCAAGCCACCCAAAAAGCCUUCCAGCGGAACAGGUGAGAUGUUUUGCUAUCUCUUAUUUAUAGCAAAAGAGUGGAGUGAAUCAGGGGCAAGUUGCUCUUUGCAGGUGGGAUUUAAUCACACAGCGGCAAAUUCAAGUUCUGCAAUCAAAGAUGAUUUAAAGCUGUUGGCACAACUAACCUGCUUUGCUCCAUAGAAAAGAAAUGGACUUUCUGCAGUAAGGAAAGUGAUGGGGAAAUGCAUUGGAAUCACAUUUGCUUGACAAGUCAUUGUCUAACCUCCCUGCAAACAAAUCAAAAUGAGUGCGCGAUAAAUAGCUGAAAACAUCUAGACUCCAUACGUACUUUGUGCAAACAGAUCAUGAGCAAACCCAGAAGGGACCAAACCCAGGAGAAAUUGCUAUUUGAUUUAGAGACAACUAAGUGUUUCUGGGUAGGAAUGGCAACUAUUGAUUGCAGGUUGUGGGGUCUGACAGACCCUGCAAACGCUUUCUGUUUCUUCUUGGGGCUGAUGCUGGCUAAUGGAGUGGUAGAGGCCUCUGGUUGGGUUGUAGGGGCAGGAUGAAGAAGCAAUGCAGAGAACCAACUGGGCAAAGAAGUCCCAAGGCUCCUGCUACCACCAGAAUUGCCACAUGGCUUGGUCCUUGCCCAUUCCACCUCUUUCACCCGGUGGGGGGAUGUGGCAACGGAGGAAGCACAUGCAUGCAGCUCUGCCUCCCCCGAUCUCAUGUGUUUGAAAUGUUGCAGUGAAACUGAGUUAAUGGGUCUGAGCUCAACAAACUUGACUCCUUAGGUGGGCCACUGCCAGGGACUAGCUGGGCAACAAGGAGUUGUGGAAGGCAACAGCCGGGGAACCCCCAAGGGAAAUCCCAGAGGAAGAAGGCUCAAAGCCUGCAGAUUGGUGGUGGGACAAUCAGAGGGAGAAGAUUGGGAGGAGGGCCUGGAUGCUGAAGGGGCAACAGGGUUUAGUGAGCAGGAAGAGCUGGUGGCAGGGAACAGUUCAGACUCUCAGGCUGAAACAGAAGAGAGGAGUCAGGGGGCAGCUGAAGAAUCCGGGGAGUCUCCCUCUCCUGCUGCAACAAGCUUCCUCCCCUUUAGUCUCCAAGAAUGCGCAGAAUAAUUAGGGCAGGACAGAGGUCAGAGAUGUGCAAGCACAGUUUGAGACUGCUUGGGAAAUACCCAGGAGAAAGGUGGGAAGGCAGGGACCUUCAGUCCUGUCAACUGCUCCAUAGUGGCAAUACCUACUGGGCAAUACCAAUACCUACUGAGUUGCUAAGCAAUAUGCCAUUUCCUUGAAUAAAGAGUUAACUUCGCUGACAACGGAGCCCUGUGUCUUUCUUGCUGACCUGCAGCUGACUCCAACCUUUACAGCCACACCAGUAACGAAAACACUGUACCAGGCACACCAGUCGCAGGAGUGUCUGUAUUUUAGUGGAAUGCUGUCACUGCCAGAAUCUCUCUGUUCUGCCUUAGGGAGUCCCUCUUUCAUUAUGCCAUCCUGGGCUGCUUUGCAGGGAAGUUGUGAAGGUAAAAUGGGAUAAGCCAGGAACUCCUUGGAGAAGAAGAGAAGAUACACACGGUGCAGAAAAACCCAACCACCUGUGGCUUAUUUGUCUCUCUGUGUGUGCUUCUGCAUUUAUCUGCUAAAUAGGUGACUUGGACUUGGCUGACUACUUUGACACCCCACCAGAGAUGACAACUAAAUCAACCAAGGUGACCACUGGUCCUUAUCCAAGGAAACCAGGUGAGUCCUUCCUUUCCCUACUAGGCUUUAUUAUAGCAGAAGGGCGGGAACCUCCAGAUAAUUGUUGGGCUCCAACUUCCACCAGCUUUAGCCAGCAUGGCGAAUGGCAAAGGAUGAUGGGAGCUGUAGUCCAGCAGCACAUGGGGCAGGGGAGGCCCACAGGUUCCCCAUCCCUGUUUUAAAGCUAAGUUUCCUAAACACCUGAGCCACCCACUGUCAACCUUCACAGGAUUGAGAGCCCCAAGUUCUUCCUGAUGCUCCAUUUUGGUUUCUCUCCUACGUUUCCAUCUCUGCUUUUGCUUCUCCCUUCUCCCAUCUCUCCUUUUCUUUUACUUCUUGUGGGGGGGGCAUUGUUUGUACCAGGGGUGGGGAACCUCUCUGCCCUUCUAGGGGGUCCCUAUUCCUCACAUAAGGCUGUUUCCCUCCCCCCCCAAACUACACCCACAUGUCCCACACCUGAUGUCGUAUGUGUCACGACUUCAAAGGAACAAUCAGGAGGUUGAAGUGAUUGUUCCUUUGCUGGUCCCAUACUUUGUUCCAGGAGUGCAAAGUGGUUUCCCCCAAAAUAGCUGCUAAAAAAGAGGCCCCCCCUUCCCCUGGAGCAACAGCAGCACAGAGCUGUUUCAAUGCCCUUUUUGCAAACAGCCCCAUGCUGGUCUUUUGAGUCUCUUGUUCUCUGCACAAGGCUGUUUUGCAGAAGAGCUUUCAAGCCGACCCAUGCUACUCUUUGAAGUUCCAGCAACUCAGGAGUGCAGCGUCGCCUGACAUUACAGUGACGUCAGGUGACUGAUAGGUAGUUGGUGGCCUUGCCCACCUGCCAGAUUUCUCCUGCUAGGGAUCCAGGAGAUAAGGAUCUGGACCUGCAGCCAGAAAAUGUUCCUCACCACUGAUCUGUACUAUGACCCAGCACAUAUGGACACAACAGGCUCCUAGUGCUGUUGUUUUUUGCUCAUGGAAAGAGUUGUAUGUGGGUGUUUUGUCCAAUAUCACUUGUGGGGAUGGGGCGGGGAGUUGGGUUGUAUCUCCUAACUCCACCCUAGUUGUUGUGUCCCCUAUUGGCUCUGCCCCCCCCCGGCUGUACUUUAUUAAUAACAAUAAUAUUUUAUUAAGAGAAUUUCAUUUCUAGAGUGAGGAAAGAAAGGGGGGGAGUGAGUGAGAAUGAAAAAAAAUAAUACUGCAAAAUUGCCAUGCAUUAAUAUACAGAUGUGUAUAUUCUUAAUAUCCUGAUACACAUAUAAUUGUUGGUAACCUAAUAUAUUCUGUGUAAACUCAUUCCAGAUAUCAUGGUAUUUAUCCAAAGAGAGUCUGCAGCUAUAAGCUGCCCAUUCAUAGGUUGCCACUGUUAUCUUGUCGAGCCAUUGAUUAAGGGGAAUCGUAUCUCUAUUCUUCCAGUUGAUCAGUUAUCAGUCUCUUGGCCACCAUUAGGGUGUGUAGAAUCCAUUUCUGCUGUCCUGUUGUCAAUUUCCAUACAAUGGGUAUAUAUAAUUCAAGAGAAAAUUCGCCUCUUAAAAUCUUAACCCCGCCCCCAAUAGUGUUUUGUUUAUACAGUCCCCUGGCCGUACUUAGGGUGGGUGGGCAGUGAGAAGAGAGCAGCCCGCCUGAUAGAGGCUCCUCCUGUGGCUUAAACUGCUCCUGCCAAUCUUUUCAUUCUUUACCCAAUCGCCACUACUUUCUGAGUCACCUUCCCUUGUGUUCCUCUGUCUUCAGAUGAUAUCCACUGGAACGUGAUGCACACCACCACCAAGCAGCCCAAAACUACCAAGGCUCCACCCAAGAAGGUCCCAGGUAAGUGACAACCUCUACAGAGCACACAAGACACCCAUGGCUCAUGCCAGGAAUGUGUCAAGGGACUUAUUACACUUUUUCUUCCUGGAUAGUGUUAUUUUCCCUAGGAAGUGAAUCAAGUGUGUGAUGCUCCAGGGCCUAUUCUGGCAUACCAUUCCACAAACAGGGCAACUGUGGACGUCCCCAUGCCCACCAGCUUUGCAUAAGCCUUGGCCAACAUGAUAGAGUACAUCCAGGGACAAGGUUGUCCCAAUGUUUCUCCUGCUCCCAUGCUUUGGUCGGUAGCUUUGGCCUCAAAUGGGAGGAUGAUGGUUCAGACAACGCUAUUAAGUGCAGGGUGUGUCUUGCAAUAUACCCUGUUUCCCCGAAAAUAAGACAGUGUCUUGUAGUAAUUUUUGCUCCCAAAGAUGUGCUAGGUCUUAUUUUCAGGGGAUGUCUUAUUUUUCCAUGAAGACAAAUACGGUAUACAUUUAUUGUCUAAUUGUGAGUCAGCCAGACUCCGCCAGGGCAGAGCGAGCAGCCGGUGGCAGCUUGUCCUUGCGGUGGCGCGGGCUCUCUGAUUCAAAGAGACCUCGCACUGCCUGAACAGCUCCGGCUGCGCUGCAGCCAAUCAGUGAGCUGCGUGGCGGCGCCCGCCGCUACGGUCCAGAGGAGUCAGACGCCCUACGGUAGCUUCGGGGGUCUUAUAUUCCAGGGAGUCCUUAUGUUAGGGGAGGCCUUAUUAUCGGGGAGGUCUUAUUUUUGGGGGGAUGCCUUAUAUUACAGUGAGAGGCAAAACUGGAAGUAGGUUUUAUUUUUGUGGGAUGUCUUAAAAGCUCUAAAGCAUAUAAUAAUCUAAUACAAAUUCAAACUGGGAAGGUUCUGUUACUUUGUUUUGUUUUCAAAAGCCAGCCUAGAGGGAGGAAAAGUAUAAAUAGACCUAUUCAUUCAUUCAUUCAUUCAUUCACUCAUUCAUUCAUUCAUUCAUUCAAAGACCUCUUCAUAUUUUCCUGCAAUUUCAACUACUCAGUAAUUCAGUUAUGACCUGUUACCACUUUGCACAGAGGUUGCCCUGCACAGUGGAUCAAGCUGCAGGAAAAAGAACAUACUGUCUCUACCAGUUUGAAUUUGUAUUAGAUUAUUAUAUGCUUUAGAGCAGUGGUUCCCAAUUAGCUAAUUACUGAGAACCCCUUAUUUUUCAAAAGCCAAACCAUGGACUCCCCUACUUUUGAAAAUUUUGGUAACUCUUAUUUACCUCUGCAAAGCAAUUUUUUGAACAAAAUGUGGGGUAGCCCUAAUAAGCAGAUAAUUUUGGUAUUCUAAAAAAACAGGCCAUAAAUUCUGUGAUACUACCAUGCAAAAAUGACAAAAAUUUAGUUGUGGGGGAGGCCAGGGAUGGGGCCACAGACCCCCUGGGUGCGUUCUGUGGACCCCCCAGAGGUUCCCUAAUUGGUAACCACUGCUCUAUAGAGCGACAGAUGGAUUCAAUAGGUAAUCCAUGUGCUAUUUCACAGCCAAAGAUCCAAUGGAUUUCGACUUAGCUGAUGCUUUGGAUGACCACAACCCUGGACAAGGUGGAGGAACGCCUAAUGUAAAUCCUGGUGGAGGUAAGUUGAUAGAUCAGUAUUAGCUUUGUGCUUUACUUCUAAAUUUUAGAUGAUUUGGCCAGCAUUUUUCUCACAAUGGUUGAGCACCCCAACCUCAAUGGUGCUUAAUAUGCAUCAAACUUUGACCCCAGAUACCAUGGAACUGGGUGGCUUGGAAAAGACCACAUGGCUCGCGAGUGGCAUUAUAAUAGGAAUUGGGAACCCUUUACAGCCCCGGGAGCCACAUGCCAGUGGAGUCUUGUGGAGGAGGGUCUUGACUUGGCCCCUAACUUCCCAUAGGUUCCCAUAGUGCAGACCCCGUCAGCCACAAAAAAGAAGUCUACCAGACCAGGCCGCUUGCUGAACGUAUCAAUGUUAGCAACAUAUAUCUUCUCCCUUCACUUUCCCAGUGUUAAAAAACAAAGAAAUAUUUUGUACAGUUUCCCUCCCUGGUCACCAGGAGAUGGUUCUCCAGGAGGCCAAGUGAGGUGCAGUUCACAAGUUAAACCUAGCCAACCUACGUAGGAUGAGCGAGUUGACUUGGGUGAGCAUCUGUGUGUCAACUUUCCCUCUGAAGCAGCCAGGUGCAGUGGUUGUGGAUGGGCCCAGCUUAAAGCGGGAGAGGGGACCCAUGGCAUUUGGGCCCAGAGAAGCUGGUGGAGGAGGCCCCACUUAUUUCAAGCCCAGAAACCUUAGCACGUAGAUUGGGUGAGUUGAUACAGAGGUCUCGUUGAGUGAAGGAGAUUCCCCUUGUCAGCCAAAACUGGGUUGGAAGAAUCCACUUCCUUUAAGGCUGCCGUGCUCACAUUUUGAGCCAUCUGUGGGGCGUAUAGGAAGGACUCUUUUGUCAUGUUGAUGUUACAGUGAACCAAACCUCUGAUGUAGCCAAAGUCUUAGGGUGGCAAACAAAACAGGAUACCUUCUCAUGGCCAAAGCUUGACAGCUCAAAAGGCAUACAGGAAGUCUGGAUGACAUGUUCAAGUCACGCUUGAGUCUGCCGUAGGAAGGGGUUGUUGUACUUCCCCAUUGCACAAAGAAAGUCCUUAAAAUAGCAAUGGGAAAGGGACACAAACACACAUUUUUGCCAAAAGGUAGGUCACUGUGACUUCACCUCUGGCUUUAUGGCUGUGCUUAUUGGUUCAUGGGAUUCACUGCAUGAAUCAACAGCACAGGCAUAGUAGAGUGGAUGAACAAUAGUAAUUUAAACAGAGGACCUGUAAUAAAAUCUUGCAGCGUGGGGUGUUGCUGUUCAGGGUUGCAUUCCAUUCCUCGUUCCCUGCCCCAUCCCAGCAGUCAACAUUCUGUGGCCUUAGAGCAUGCUUAGUCCUAAUGUGGGGCUAAUUUGGGGUUCCCUCCCCUCCAUAGGGUUUUUUCUAAAGGUUUUCUGGAUUUUUGCAGGUGGUAGGGCUCCCCCAAAUCUGCUGAGGACUCUCACUUGUGCACGGCUGGUGCUGUUUUAGCAACAUAAGUGGUGGCAUUUGCACCCUGAACAUUGCAUAUAGAAGAAGUGGUCACGUUGAUGCUUUGCUGUGAGAAACACAUGGCCCUCAGCUUUAAACCUCCUCUCCCCUUCAUAUGACCUGUUUGGCCAGAUAAAUUUCCUUAUGGAUCAUUCAUGUCUCCCUUGUUUGUCUCCCUCCACCCUAUCCAUAUAGGUAAUACUAGAGAAAUAAACAGAUGUGUUGGCAGAAUGUUCAUGUUAUUGAUACCAACUUGCACUCUUUUUUUCCUAAAACAUGCGUAAUUUGCUUUCAUCGUGUUGCAAAACCUAAAUCAACAGCUGCUAUUUUCUGUGAUCAGUUAAUGAAUAAAGAAUCCUGUUCCAGGCUCGAAAGGUACAGGUGGAAGAGGUGGAAAACCUGGUAAGGAGUCUUGGAUGGGCUCCCAGUUGCUACCUUUCCCCUUCCUGUCACAAUCCUUUGUUUUCUGCCGUCCACUCCUUCUAAGCACGGAAAAUCCAUCCUGUUACUUAUCUGUGCAAUGCACUGGGGGCGAGGGGGGAUUUUAAAUGCUGAACGCCUCUACUAAUUUUCCCUUUCAAUUAGCAUUCUCUAAUUUUCACAUUUAUUAUUGACUUGGUCAACUUCAGAUCUUGUGAGAUGGCCGUUUGCUGUUCCCUGUGUUACUUUUUUCCAAAAAUGAAACACUCUAAGAAAGGCUGCCAUUACGAAAUCGAAAACCGGAUAGUGAUCCAUUUUGUACAUCACAGCAAGCUGUAGCUAAUAGUUUACCAUCAUGGUUCCUAGAGGGCACUUUCACUCCACCCCACAAGUAAGCAGAGGAAAUAAGCCAUGAUCCCUAGCUUAGGUGUGCAUCUGAGCCAGGCACAAUGGUCUGUUUUGCUCCAGCAACCCAUCUUCAGUUACUACAGAUUGUGUCUUCCAGGGAGCAAAACCCAACUGUUGUCCCUGGUUUGGAUUUAACCUUAAGGCAAGAAUUGUGGUUUGUAUCUUCUGCCCACUAGUGGGAAGGAAUGAAACAGAUGGAGAAAGACAUAACCACAGUUUAAGCGAAGGUGUGGCCUAAUAUCACACUACUGGAAAGCUUCAAGGAGGGAUGGGGAACCUGUGACCCUCCAGUUGUUUCUGGACUACCUUGGCCAUUGGCCGUGCCAGUUGGGUGUGACGCAGGGCAGAAGAUCCCUCACCCCGGUUCAGAGCCAGUUCCUUCCUGUAUUUAUGUGGAGAGAGCACACGGGGAGGAGUGUCCAGGGAACACUUUUAUUUGUUUUCCUGUUACCUAAAGCAGCACUUCCUCUUUUUCUUUUUUUUUUAAGCUGAGAGAGGUGCUUCCCGUCAGGGUUGUUGUGGGCCAGUUGCACUAUUGACCUGACUGUCAGCAUCAUUAUAAGACAGGGACAGGGAACCUUUUGCUUGUGGGCCAAAUGUGACCUAUGAUGUCUCUCCAUUUGGCCUGCCAGGCCAUUUUUAGAAAGCCAUGCCCUACACCUGACAUUAUGGUGGGUAAAGGUGAGGUGUGAAAGGAACAAACAGGAAUUCAGGUUGACUUUGAAUUGUUCCUCUGCUUGAACAAGGCAGACUCCCAACCACCCAUCAGCUGAUGCGCGGUGAGAGCACAGCUUAAUCAAGGAGGGUGGAGCAGUUCCCACUGAACGAAAAUACCUCACAGCAGGAUAGGACUGAUAGGAAAAGGGCUGUUCUUCAAAUCUCCAAAUUUCAGCGGUUUAAGGAGAAGGCUGGAGAUGCUUACAAAGGGCUUACAAACACCCCUGAGCUGUGUUUUGAAGUCCUAACAAUUGGAGCUUCAAAGCGCAGCAUGAUGUCAGGUGAUUGACGUAUGGGUGACCCCAUGCACCUGCAUAAUUUGGCCUGCCAGAGUCUGGGGAAAUUUAGAUCUAGCUUGCUGGCCAUAAAAGGUUAUCCACCCCUGUGAUAAGGGCCUGUCUUUAUAUUCUCCAACCAGUGGGGCCUGGGAGAAGGAUUUGCCAUCUAGCUUUUCCAGUUCUCCUUUUUCUUUCCCAGCUUUCUCCUCUGCUUGCUCCCUUCUCCUCUCCACUGCUAUCCAGCGUUGUGGGUUCCUUGCUUGCUUGCUUCUACCCACAGUAUCACGUGGGAGAGUUUGGAAAUUUGUACAUGAUGUGCUUGGUCUUGAAUUCUAAGCAAGCAAUAACAAAUUGAUCUGUGUCUUAAGUUUUUGUGAGUUUUUUCUAUACCACUUCAUUUCUGAGGUUUCUAAGCGGCGUACAUAAGACUUAUAAAAGCAUACAGUGGAUAAAAUCAAUUAAAAUGAAUCAUCUUGCAUGUGGCUGAUCAGAGCUGUUGUUAUCCCAGCUGGCCAUUGCCAAAGCAUGGUGUGUAUUUGUUUCCUUCUUAGCUACUGGAAUUUUUUUUGCGCAGCAUUAACGCCGAAAUGUUUGACUUUGGGUUUAGCUGGUUGCAUAGGAAGAGAAAGACCUGGACUAUACACACAGCUGUAGAAAUCAUUUUGAUUCCCACCCCCAGCUGACUUUUAAUAAUAUAUUGACCUACAUUGAUAUCUGCCAUCACUUUGUCCUGUUUUAAAUAGUUGUUCAGAUUUUUAAAUUUUAUUUUUAUUAUUGUUUUGUAUUGUAAGCCACCUUGUUUGAGUACAUGCCCUGAAGGGUGCACAUAGGUCACAUAGAAUUGUAGAGUGGGAAGGUGGCCUCAAAAUACUUUAAUAUUAAUAGAGAACAGGGUUCUGAAGUGAUAAAAUGCUCCAGGUGUUGGGAGGCGAAUCAGAAGUUUUGAAUCUCCCUUUUGUGAAAACACACAUACAGGAAAAAACCAACCCCCUGAGAAUAGAAAACUAGCGCAGAUGAAACGAAGAAGGCUAGAAAUCUACCCUAUUGUCCUAGUGUUCUGUUUUCAUUUGCAGCGAGUUUAUAUUGUGUGUGCAUGCGUUCAGAAUGUGUAUCCCCCCUCACCUGUAGCCUGAAAUGGUACAUUCGGGUUGCCAAGUGAAAAAAGAGAGAGCAGGACUUUUAUUGUUGCGUUAAGCGGGGAUUUCAGCAGCUGAAGCUCACCACAACAGGCGAAGAAGAGGACAGGGCUACUGCCCUUUAAUGGAGGUGUAUUUCUACACAUCUAUUCAGAAGCUACACCUUCUGAAAUUCCCCACCUACACAAUGCACCUAUUAGGCACAGUGUUUCUCAGACUUGGGUCUCCAGCUGUUGUCAGACUACAAAUUCCAUCACCCCUGACCACUGAUCCUGCUAGCUAAGGAUGGUGGGAGUUGUGGUCUAACAACAGCUGGAGACCCAAGUUUGAGAAACACUGCAUUAGAGGUAGAGGGGCCCUCUCUUCUUCACCUGCCCACCCUAACCAGUCCUCCUAAAGGUCCCAGUAUCAUCAUGUCUUGCAGGAACACAUCCAUUAGUUCACCCUGCACACUUAAUUCAGUUUUAUGAAUUUAGAAAACCUCAGCAGAUUGCUAAAACACACACAGAGUUUUCCAUUUGAAAUGUUUGGUACGAAUAGUCAUGCUGUUCCCCAUAACACAGUUGUAGAAGGAUUCUUCCUGCCUUUAAUUCCAAUAGGGCAGGUGGGGGGAACGUGGACCUACAGAUGUUGGUUGGACUGCAACUCCUAUCAUCCCUGAUUGGUCAUACUGGCUGGGGGGUGAUCGGAGUUUGAGUCCAACAGAACCUGGAGGUCUGCAUGUCCACCCCCCACUCUACUGUAGGGACACUGUAACACCUGUAGAUGUUAUUUUAAAGAAACAAUUGUUUUUAGUUUUGCCAUAUCUUUUGACUGCACUGGUCCCAAGAGCAGCGCACAGAAAUGCAUACUAAAAUACUAAAGCAGCAGUCUGUAUAAAAACCCGAACAGUUCCGUCACAGGAAAACACACACCAAAAGCAACAACCAAAUAAAUAAUCCAGCAAGACCACAAGACAGACAGAAUAAUGGGAGUUGCACCAAUAUCAAGCGGGCAUAUCUGUCUCGUGUGCACUAAAAUGAUGGCAGAAAAUCUCUUGCCACAGAGUAUGGGAUUCCAGAGUGCUCUUUGCUACCCUUCUUCAAGGGCAGCCUCACAUAGGGCAAGUUAGAGUAGUCUAGAAAUCAUUUGAGUAUUUGAGUAUGCUCAGCCAAUGGCAAGCGAGGGAUGGGGCAUUGACUCGGAGUUGCCCUUGUUGUUGUUUUGCUUCUUCUCACAUCUUAAGUCCUUGUUUCCCAGUCGGUACCUAAGCAGCACCAGUUCAACUAAGAAAUGCUUCUCUUCCUCCUGAAUGCGGCACUUAAAGCCAUCUUCCUUUUAACAAAUAGGAAACGAAUGUCUUUUUGAACCUAAAAACUAUUUCAUGGGCUAAUGCAAGCAAUUCCAUCCCCUUCCAACCUUUCAGGGUUUUCGGAUGAUGACUUGGCUGGAAUUGUGGACGAGGGCGGCUACCAGCCAGAUAAAAAGAAAGGUAAGUUCUCUUUUUGUUGCUUAGCUAAGAAAGGGGACACCAACAAAAAGGGACACGAAGUACAUUUUUAUAUUGGCAGUCCAAUUGCAAAGUUAAUGCCUGUAGAGCAGGGAUGGGGAAAUCUGUGGCACUCCAGACUAAAACUCCCAUGAUCCCCGACAACUGCGCUUAUGUCAAAAGCGAGCCAGAAGUAAAUCAUACCCGCUAGUUUGAGUUAACUUAUGACAUGGGUGGCACUGUGGUCUAAACCACUGAGCCUAGGGCUUGCUGAUCGGAAGGUCGGCGGUUCAAAUCCCCCUGACAGGGUGAGCUCCCGUUGCUCAGUUCCUGCUCCUGCCAACCUAGCAGUUCAAAAGCACGUCAAAGUGCAAGUAGAUAAGUAGGUACCGCUCCGGCGGGAAGGUAAUCGGCGUUUCCGUGCGUGCUCUUGUUCGCCAGAAGCGGCUUAGUCAUGCUGGCCACAUGACCCGGAAGCUGUACACCGGCUCCCUCGGCCAACAAAGUGAGAUGAGCGCCGCAACCCCAGAGUCGUCUGCAACUGGAUUUAACUGUCAGCGGUCCUUUACCUCUGCCUUUUUAUGCACCAACUUGGCAGAGUGUCAGGCCGAAUGAGUGCAGAGCUUGCCCCCAAGAAGCAGUUGCUAACACUGAAGUUCUCCCUGUCCCCACAGCUGCUAAGUCCCCUUCUCCCCAGGGUUUUUUCCCAGGAAUCUGAGACUGUCCUUUCAUGUCUGCUUUUGCUUCUCCUGUUUCAUGCCCCUUCUGGUUCUGGGAGACCAGGUGGGAGGAGAGCUUGUUGCAGCAGGAGGGGGAGAGACCCAUGACACUUCACCAGGCACACUCAUCUCUCUCUUUUGGCCUCCUCCCCUGCUUCAGUUUCUGCCUCUGAUUCUCUGCCACCGACUGUCCCAUCUCAUUGAGCCCUGUUACCUUUUCAGCAUCUGACCCCACCUCUUCCCAGUCAUCUCUCUCUUCUUGUGACUGCUCAUCAUUGUCCCACCACCAAUCUCCAGGCUCUGAGCCUUCUUCCCUUGGGGGUCCCCUAGCUGGUUCCUCCCACCAUUCCUGUGCGUCCAACCAGUCCAUGAUACAUUGCUGGCUAAUGCUGGUGGGAAUCAUAGUCCAGCAACAUAUCCAGGACCACAGGUCCCCCAUCUGGUAUAGGAAGCUGAGACCACUGGGUCCACCUUGCUCAAUGCCGUUUACAGUCUGGCAAUGGCUUUGCAGACUAUGGACAGGAGCCUUUCAUCUUGCUAUGAGGACGGCAAGCAUUGAAUGAGGGGGCUUUGUAUAUGCAUAGCUACACCCCUUCUCUGCUUAGAGAUUAGGUAUCCGACUGAAACAGUGGGCAGGAAAUGACUUCUACAGCUUCCUUGAUAGGUGGCCAGUCAUUUGAAUUUUCAGAAAAAAACAGUGAUGGGUUUCUUUGAUUGCUCUUACCCAUUUCCUGCUCUCCUAAUUCAGAUAUAUUUAGCAUUUAAAAAGAAGUGAGGCAGCCACAGGCUGCAGCAUUUGAAACCUCCACAGCAAUUGGCUGUAUGAACUCUGGCUUCAGUUGAUUGAAGCCAUUUCUCUCCAGCUGUAGACUCUGCUGCCAAAGGGGUUAUGGAGAGUUUACAAGCAUUCCAACGUUUCAGAGGCACAGGCCAUUCCAAAGCAUGAGAGCAGAUGCGGACAUCUGGAACUAGUAGGAAGGGGAUUCAGCAGAGAAGUGUGUUUGCGGCGUAAUUGAAACGUUGGUCAGCAGUUGCAUGUGUGAAAGUUAUAUAGUAUGUCCUAGUGGCGUGAAUGAGGAUAGCAUUUGGACAAAGGGGUAAUGGGCUUGUGUGGAUAGUCACUUGUGUUGUGUCUUUAACACAGUGGUGGCUGGUGCCCAUUAGAGCUGGUAGGUUGGAAGGCAGGAAGCCCAAACAAUAAAGGGAAUGGAAGCCAACGAAUUUGGCUAGUUUUGCCACCAUCUACUUUGCAGAGUUCUGCAAGAGGAGGGGGAAGCUGACAGGCAGUGGUUGCAAGUAAUAAGGCAGGCAGAAACAUAGGAAGCUCCCUUAUACUGAGUUCACACCAGUAUUCCAUAGCUCAGUACUGUCUGCUCUGACUGACAGUGGCUCUUAGGGGUUUCAGACAGGAGGCAUUCCCAGUCCUACUUAGACUUCCCAGGGAUUGAAACUGGGUCCUUUUACAUGCAAGUACCCAGCCACUGAAUUGCAGCUGCUCCAGUUGGUGUGGGCUGGCCAAGGGCAGACUGGAGUUGGUGGGGCAGCAUCCUGCUUGCCGCAAUGGACCAACCUCCACUGAUUAAACAUAUUUCCCCCCACAAGCUUCCAUCUAAUACUGAUUUAUCGCGUCGUCGCUUUCUAUCCUGCAGACAUUUGCAUCAAUGCAGAUGACAUUAUUACUAUGAGCUUACCCACUUCAAAAGGGGGGAAAGAACUCUUCCUGGUUUUCCUACUGGACCCCUAGGGGUUACUUCAGUGCCCUAAAUUGAAACCAGGGCUAUAGUAAACCCCUAGUUAUGAUUCUGUAGGAACACAAUCUGUUCCUGCAUCCGUCAAAUUGGUGAGUCAGUUUCCGCAAAGAUUUGUUGCGGUCAGAGAUAUUGUGUGCACUGUGUGUUAGUUUCUCCAACUUGAUUACAAAUGGGAAAAAUAUAUAGCACAGAUUCAAGUUACCAGUAAGGAGAUUCUGACUAAACAUAAGGAAGAGCUUUCUUGUGUUUAAGAGCUGUUCGGUGGUGGAAUGGACUCGCAUGAGAGGGGCUGGACUCUCCUUCCUUGGAGGGUUUUAAGAAGAGGUUGGAUGGCCAUAUGCAAUGUAUGGUCUAGUUGAGAUUCCUGCAUUGUAAGGGAUUGGACCAGAUGACCCCCAGGUUCCCUUCCUACUUUACAAUUCUAUGAUUCUAUGAUUCCAUUCCCUGCCUAUCAUUUUGCGCCUUGCUCUGGCAAGUGGAUCUUCUUGUUCUAGUGAGGAAGGAAGUAGAUAACCCAAGCCUGAUGUUUUUCCUUCCCUGGUUUAGAAUACAAGCAGUGACUGUUUUGCAUGGGGGUUCCAUUCCUGGCCCCUCUGCACGCCAGCGGAGGGUGCAUAAGCCCACCCUGUUAUGCCCUGCUCCUGUUUUGCCCUCUUCCAGGUCCAAAAGGAGCCGAGUGUUGGCAAUUGCAUGUCAGUUGGAUGCGCCUAAAAUGCUUUCCCAGCCCUGUUUCUGCAGGAGCUAGUGCUCUGGGCAUGCCUCCUGCUAGGAAUGAGUCUAGAGCAAUGACCCAUGAAAGGUGACAGCCUCUUCUCAGGGCUCUCAGCUUAUCUUCUCUAGGAACGAUGGAUUCACACCCAAUGCAGAGAUGCAGUGGAAUCACCUGACCCUAGCAGAGCCUAAUGGGGGGCUCCUCAGGAGGUGGCUACCUUGGGAUCACAGGAACCUUUAAGCAUUCGCUUUAACUCCUUGCCUAAUAAUAAUAAUUUAUUUAUACCCUGCCCAUCUGGCUGAGUUUCCCCAGCCACUCUGGGCAGCUCCCAAUCAAGUGUUAGAAACAAUACAGCAUUAAAUAUUAAAAGCUUGCCUAAACAGGGCCGCCUUCAGAUGUCUUUUAAAAGUAGGAUGAUGGCUUAUUUCCUUGACAUCUGCUGGGAGGGCGUUCCACAGGGCGGGUGCCACCACCGAGAAGGCCCUCUGCCUGGUUCCCUGUAACUUCACUUUUCACAGUGAGGGAACCACCAGAAGGCCCUCGGCACCGGAUCUCUGUGUCCAGGCUGAACAAUGGGGGUGAAGACACUCCUUCAGGUAUGCUGGGCUGAGACCAUUUAGGGCUCCUUCAGGUAUACUGGGCUGAGACCAUGUAGAGGUCAGCACCAACACUUUGAAUUGUGCCCGGAAAUGUACUGGGAGCCAAUACAGAUCUCUCGGGACCAGUGUUAUGUGGUCCUGGCGGCCACUCCCAGUCACCAGUCUAGCUGCCGCAUUCUGGAUUAAAUGAGACUUACCAACCCAAGGGAAGCACCUUUUGCAGUGCUAAACUGCUGCUAUCUGUUAAGGUCCAUGUGGAUUCCAGCGGUUUUUGGACACAUCAGAUGAUCUUCCACCCCCAAGUCUCAGUAUCCUACAAAGGAGUCAUUUUUUUCAGACCACCCCAUCAUUUUUUCCAAAGUAGGGUGGAGCAGGGAGGGGUGGGAGAGAGAAAGAGAGGGAAGAAAAAUGCUGCCUAUGCUGCAGAGUGCAGGAAUUUGCAGACAAAGCCUCCAGUCUCUGCAAACCCCACCCACCUCUUGACUGCGCACAGCGCUAAAUUUAUAAUCAAUCUCAUUUAUUGCUCAAUGCAGUGCUACCGAAGCAGCAGCUGGUUAAUUAAUAUGAGGGCUACCAGUGUGUGUCUGUGUAUGCGCAAGGCUGCAGUUGCAGAGCAGUCGAGCCCUAUUCACACAAGUUCCUUCGUCAACAUUUUAGAAGAUAAUUAACGCUGCCCCAGGAUUUCUACAUUCUCCCCCACACUUCUCAGAAUUGGCUUUGGGAGGAGGGAUGUGAGAGGGAGGACAUGAUCCCCCCACCCCCAAUUUGUCCUUGCUUUCAACUCCAAGAUGUAGAUCAGCCAUCUCUUGACAGAAUGAUUUUCAUGGAGGCAAACUCGGGGCAGGCAUGACGUCAGGGCUGUAAAACGAUGUGUGCAUUAGAGGAUGCGGGGGGGGGGGGGGAUCUCUGCACAACACCUGGUGGGGGUCUUAGCAUUCUGUUUGUAGACCUUUCCUACUGUGCAGCUUUUCACAUGUGUUUUUUUUCUGUGAAUAUUGUUGCAAAAAGCAGUCCUGGAAAGUAGAAACAAUUUGUUGGAAAUAGCCCUGACAGAGCUAUGUUGGGAGCUAACCUGCACAUUGAUUGCAGCCAAUGCACCCUGUCCGUAGUGCUGCUUUGGAGGUAGGCAUGCCACCUGGAACGUUUUGUCCCAUUUAUUUGGCAGGGGGGGGUGUCCCUCUGAACCAAAAGGUCAGAUUUGAAGAGACUCUGUCCAGGGCAGGGGGAGUGUAUAAUACUUGGACCAACUGAAAUGGCCCAGCCCAAUAGAAAUAGGCUAACAUUUUAUCUGCACAGUUGAAACAGGCCAAGAAAAGCUGAAUUCUAUGCUGCCUUUUGUUGCAUAAUAAUUGUUUUGAAUAAUUUAUUGGACAGUUUGGCAUCAUCAGCCUGCUUCUGCGAGUCACAGGAGGAGUCCUCCACCCAUAGCCACUAGAAUCCUUACUCAGCCAUCCUAUGGGCUGCCAUUGGCAAUACGCUUUCGAGAGUAUCAUUUCAUCAAUGACCACUAGAAACAUGUUGGCUUCUUUCUUAACAAAGGCUGGAUUCUGCAUCUCAGCUAUUCCCCAACCUGGUGUUCUGCCCAAUGUUUUGGACUCCAGUCCCCAUCAUCUUUGCCCAUAUGUUUUGGUGGCUGGUGCUGAUGGGAGUUGUAGUCCAAAGCACAGGGUUGGGGAAAGCUUUGCCACACUGUGUUACACUGGACGCUCAGGUUGCAAACGUAAUCCAUGCGGGAUGCACGUUUGCAACCCGCAGCAUUCGCAAAUUGCAGUGUCGCGUUUGCGCACGCGCGGGUUGCGAUUCGGCACUUCUGCGCAUGCAUGAUUUAGCACUUCUGCGCAUGCACAAGCGCCAAACCCCGGAAGUAACCCGUUCUGGUACUUCCGGGUUUCGGCAGUCUGUAACCCGAAAAAACACAACCUGAAGCGUCUGUAACCCGAGGUAUGACUGUACUCUCUUUCAGCACACCUGAAGAACCAUAAUAGAAGCAUAACCUUGAGUAUAAAAGGCAACUUCACAUGUUUAAAAUUGACAUUAUUCUUGGUUAUGAAUGAAGGCAGAUACUUUUGCCCCAAGGAGCCACUGUCUCUAGCUGGAAGGGAAAACUUUUCCCCAUCUCUGCAUACUAACUGGACUGAAUGGCACUGUACUACAUCUCUUUCCAUUCCCCACCCCCCCGACUCAACUAGGAAAUGUACCUGCUCUGAAAAAUUGCUCAAUUCAUUGUACAAAGUAUGGUGAUCAUGUCUCUGCCUCUCUUAGCCUCAGCUUUCUGGCUCCUAUCUGUAAAAUGGGGAUAAUGAUCCUGACAUUUCUUCCAGAGUGGUUGUAAACAUUAAUGAGACAAUACAUGAAGUGCUUCAAACAUUUACAGUUGCUUUAAAUAAAUACCUAUUGUUAUUUCCAGGUGGAAGUUCAGGAAGUGGCGGCAGUGACAAUGACGGUAAGCAGAAUUCUAGAAACUGCAAGUCCAUCUCUGCUUCACACAGAUCCCUUUCUGUGUCCUGUAUCUAAGCUGAACUGCAGGUGCCUGAGCUGACUACUUGCACCUCCCCGCUCCCCAAAUAGCUUGACUCUAACAUCCAUGGCACACAUGGAGGCCCCUGAACCACGCAAUAUAGUAUUGCAAGUUUUGUGAUUACCCCUUUGAGAUUACAAAAAGAACGUGGGGAGUAAAAUGAGCCACAUAAUAUAUAAAUGUGUUGGAAACAGUUGGGCAAGAGUUAUCAAAUGGUGAUGUCGGAUAAUAUCAAUUAUCGCCCUUUUCACAUUUCUUUUCAAGAGGGUCCCUAUCAUUGGGCUAUACCCACUGUUUGAAUUGACCCCUUGAAAUCAGUGGGCAUUCUCCAUGGAUUUCAGGGGACGCAGGUGGCAUUGUGGGUUAAACCACAGAGCCUAGGACUUGUGAUCAGAAGGUCGGCGGUUCGAAUCCCCGCGACGGGGUGAGCUCCUGUUUCUCGGUCCCUGCUCCUUCCAACCUAGCAGUUUGAAAGCACAUCAAAGUGCAAGUAGAUAAAUAGGCGGGGAGGUAAACGGCGUUUCCAUGCGUUGCUCUGAUUCGCCAGAAGCGGCUUAGUCAUGCUGGCCACAUGACCUGGAAGCUGUACGCCGGCUCCCUUGGCCAAUAAAGUGAGAUGAGCGCCGCAACCCCAGAGUCGGUCACAACUGGACCUAAUGGUCAGGGGUCCCUUUACCUUUACUCUUGAGUAUAGCUGACAUUAGAUCUCACACAUAGUUUUUAAGUAAAGUCAAAUUUCAGCCUUGCCAAAGGCCCUUUGCAAACAGGCACUGUUACCUGAAACUCAGGGGAGGGGAACCUUUUCGUCCCCUUAGACAAGAUCCUUAUCACGAUCUGAUAAGGGUGGGGGAGGCUUUAAGAUCAGAGCAAGAUUGAGGACUUAAAAGGGGAGAGGCAUUCCUCUCCCCCACCCCUUAAAUAUUGACACUUGUGUGUUUCUGCACAAGCUGCUUCAAAACAGUGCACAAUAAGUUUGUGAGCUGCUUCAAAUAGCACUUUUGAGAAGCACUUGAAAGUAGCUGCCAAGGUCCCAUUUUCAGCUGAAAUGGGACCUUAAAGCACUUCUCAAAAGCACUUUUGAAUCAUCUCCUCCUUCAUUUAAAGGACAAGGGGGCAGAUGCGUCAAACAGCACUUCUGAGAAGCUAUUUAAAACAGCCCAUGUGAUCUUGCUUCAGCUGAAACCGGACAGCAGGCUGUUUUAAAGUGCUUCUUAAAAGCAUACUUUUGGUGUUGCUGCUCUUGCUCAGCUGAUCUGCAGAGAUUAAAUCCUGCUGCUUUGGCUGUGCGAUCCUGUUCUCUGAUAGGAAUUGAGGACCCAAACGAUCCAGGAUUUAACACCAGUGACACAGCUGGUGGCUGGGUGUGGUUUGGAGAAAAUGAUUUUGUGGUCCAAAUUGGACCACCUGAUGGGCCAAAAGAAGCCUGCAAGCUAGAGGUUGCCUAUCCCUGCUCAAGGCGGAAGCUCAAUCCACCUAAAGGUAGGAGCUCCUCAAUGCUGAAUCAAGUACAGAAGUUCCCAUCUCUUUUUGGUAGAUGUUUGUUCUUGCUAAAUUCAUUGUACUUCUUCUUUAGUGCAAACCCUAGUUUACUGUUGCAUCUGAACUGGCAAACUAUGAUUUACACUCCACACCUGAACUGCAGAUGAGUUUGAGGUUCAUUUGUAAAUCCCGGUUUGGAGGACAAGCUGCUAUGUCUGAUUAGGCAAGUUGCCACUUUUGGCAAGUUGCCACUCCUCAAACCAGGAUUACAAACCAGCUUCAAAAUUUUAGUGCAAGAUCCUUCUAUGGUAUUCAAGUACAAACAAUAACUUCCUAAUUCAGACAUCAACUGUGGUUUUCUGUAAAGACGAAGUAACUCGUUGAAUCAGAGGGGAAAACAUAAAUGAAAAAGGUUCAUUCACACAAUGCCAAACUGUAAUACAGAAUUGGAUGUGAAGCAGACCUCUGUGAUAUACCUAGCAAACAAAUCAACAUAGUAAUAGGUUGACAAUUACAAGUACAUUAACAAGCAUGACUGCAUGAAGGACCUGUAUUAAAUGUAUAUUAAACAGGCUCUGCCCAGUAUACCUGAAGGAGUGUCUCCACCCCCAUUGUUCAACCUGGGCACAACCUGAGCGAGAAGUGAAGCUAUAGGGAACCAGGCAGAGGGCCUUCCCGGUGGUGGUGGAAUGCCCUCCUAUCAAAUGACAAGGAAAUUAAAAACUAUCUGACUUUUAGAAGACAUCUGAAGGCAGCCCUGUUUAGAGGAGUUUUUAAUGACUGAUGUUUUAAUGUACUUUUAAUAUUUUGUUGGAAGCUGCCUGCCCAGAGUGGCUGGGGAAACCCAGCCAGAUGAGUGGGGUAUAAAUAAUGAACUGGUGGUUGUUGUUGUAUGUUUUAUUUGACACAUUUCUGCACUGGUAUAUUUUCUGCUUGCCUUUUGCAGGUGCCUUAGUAGUAGAGACGGGAACGAUUGCUGGCAUUGUCAGUGGCCUUGCCAUGGCCCUGAUUGGUGCUGUGAGCAGCUACAUCUCCUACCAGCAAAAGAAGUUCUGCUUCAGCAUACAACGUAAGUGACUCUUCCUGCCCUUGCAAGGCCUGUCUGCAAGUUGGAGUGAAGCCCCAAAUGGGUGUUAAGGAUUUGUGAAGGGGUCAAGAACCAGCCUUCCCAUCCACUGUAGGGUCUUGAACCUUGUUCACAAAAAGUGCCCAGCAAAGGAACAUCAUUGCAUUGCCAAUAUAGGAAGUGGGGUGUGUUCAAAAAUUGGCUCUCUCCUGAACUUCUGUCCUGGCAGUGAGGAAGGCUUGCAUAACUUCCAACCUGCCAGGUCCGAUUCAGCCUAUUGGGGUGCUUAAGGACAAUAAGAACAGAAAAGGCUAACCAGGCAUAAUAUAUAGCUUGCAAAUUAUUAUUAUUAUUAUUUAAUUAAUUUUUCAUUUCAUUUCUAUACCACUUUAUAUUUUUAAGAAAAAUCUCAAGGCGGUUUACAGCAUAUGAAAACAUCAAUAAAACAACCCAGAAUCAAACAUUUUGGAAGAAUGUCAAAUAUUAUACAUUCAAAGCAACAUAAUUAACAGAAAACGAAAAUAGUAUCUUAAAGAUUUCAAAAUAAAACAUUGCAAAGGAGGUCAGCUACAGAAUACAUAUUUGAUGCAAACAAAGUUAACAACAACAAAAAUCUUAAAUAUUUCAGAAAAAUGAAAACCAUUGCUAAAUGAAAUCAAAUAUAAAAUGCACGUUUAAAACAGCAUAAUUAACAAGAGAAUGAAAUAUUAUCGUAAGUAUGACACGGCUGUUUGGCAGGCACGAAAAGAUGGGGCAAAAUAAUCCAAUAGUUAGGGUUUGCUGUCAGGCAUAGCAAUGUCCCUCGGGUUUCACCCGGUGCCUCUUUAGUAGAGCUGGUGAGUCUGGGCCCUGCCCCCUAGGCCAGGUGGAAAGGGCGUUGCAGGGAGUGGCCUUCAGCACUCACAGCCAUGGUGGGGCCCAUGGAAGGUUGUCUUAGGCCUGGCCAUAAUUUCAUGCAUAUCCCAAAGAGCUGCUGCCGAAAAACAUAGGAAGAGCCCCACUGGAUCAGGGCAGUGUCCCAGCAAAGUCCAGCGUCCUGUACUCACAGUGACCAACCAGAUGCUCCAAUGGGAAGCCCCCAAAGCAUGACGUAAGAGUGUGUGUGUGUGUGUGUGUGUGUGUGUGUGUGUGUUUGUGCGCGCAUGCGCUCCCCAGUAACUGGCAUGCAGAGGCUACUGCCUCUGACAGUGUGCAUUGUGUAGACUGUGGGGUAAUACUAAUCUAGGGUUUCCAAGGGCUUUUAUUAAUAAUAGUGAGAAUCUCUCAUUUUAAAAUCAAAUUCCUAGUGCAUCUCCCUCUGCUAGCUGCAGGGAUAGGAACCACACUCAGCCUCCUGCAAUGAAAUUGCUAUUUUCACAGGAGUCUCUAAAACAAACAGGUGUGUGCCUGAGUAAAUUAAGCCAGCAGGAAAGUCAAGAGGAAUGUGAUAAAAUGAACCCCUCCUUUACUUGUGUUGUUUCUUUGCCCCAUCAGUGAUAUUUUUGAAGAACAAAAAACUCUUUGCUUGUGCUCUCUCUCUCUCACACACACACAUGCUCUCUCUUUCUCUCUCUGGAAAAAAGCUUCAAUAAAGGCAGCACUGAGAGAAGGCAAAACCCUAGAAAGACGGCAGGAAAUUAAAGUUAAUUAUAAAGGAGGCUUAAUUUAAGCCAUCAGACAUGGCGUGCUGGGAUAAUGUCAUGCCUUAGAUGCAUUGCAAUGCACAGCGGAGGCUGGCGCGUCAGCCACUGAAGUGACUUUUUAUUGACGAACAUAAAACUGCAUUUGGUGCUAUCAUAGACACAUGGCAAGAGGGAGAGGUCUGUACAGGAGCCACAGGGCUGCAGCACAUGGAGACACUCCCAGGCAGAUUCAUACGUGAUGCUGAGCUGCCCUUUUGCACUUCUGAAUGACCAAUGCAAACACCCAUUUACAUAAACAUGGCAGGAGGAGACAAUUUGCACGAGGGCAGUAGCUCAGAGGCAAAACUAGGCAGCUCCCUAAAGAAGCACACUUAAUGGGGCACUCAUCACACCAGCAGCCUCCCAUGAACAUAUACUUACAUUGAGUCACUGGUCUAUCUAGCUCAGCAUUGUUCACACUGACAGGCAGCAAGACUUCAACCAGGGGACAUUCUCAGCCCUGGAGGUCCCUGGAGAUGCCAGGGCUUGAACCUGAGACCUUCUCGUGCAAAGCAGAUGCUCUACCACUCAGCUAAAGCCAUUCCCCUUUAGCUGAGUGGUAGGGUUGUGGCGUUCAUGGUCAGUUUGUCCAAUGACACCCUUUGUACUACCCAAUUAAAGUCACUUGAAUGCCGCUUUCUGCUUGCCCUUGGUUGUAGAAGGCCUCUUCUUCCCUUUGUCUUUGUCUUUGUACAGAAACAAAGGAACUUUGUAUAGAGUGGGGAGAGCUCAUUUAUUUCAGACCAAACUGUUGUACAUGCUUUGAAAUUGCAUCCUCUUUUUUGGCCCAAUGAAUAAAGAUUGAACUGGGGGUGUGGCCAGCCGGAACUCUUCUGCCCAUGUUCAAUGUACACAUGGAUAUGAAAAGCAGGAACGGCACUAGAGCAAAAGAUAUUCAGGCUCAUUUGCAGCUUGCUUAGGUUGGCCCACCAAUAACAGGAUGGGAUCCCUGCACCUUUUAAAUAGGUGUGUCAAAGGGGGAAUUUUUGGCAGGUGUAGCUUGCAUGAACUUCAGAAGAAUUUGUUAAUACAGAUGAAUUGUCCAAAAAAGGAAUGGCCGUAGCUUAGUAGCAAAACUCUUCUUUACAUGCAGAAGGUGCCAGGUUCAAUCUCCAUGGAGGGCUGUGAAUGUCCCCUGUCUGAAACCCUGGAGAGCCACUGCCAGUCAGUGCAGGCAACACUGAGCUAGGUGGACUUGGAAUUGGGCAGCUUCCUAUGCUUCAAUAAAUGCCUUCAGUGUGGCAGCUGUAAAUACCAACAAAAAACCAAAAACAAAUAAAGGAACACCAUCAUAGUUCUCUGAACGAUUUGAACAAUGCUUGUGCUGAACACCAUCAGUAUACCAAGUGGAUAAAGCGGGAAUCAGAUAAUACGCGUUACAUAACUUAUAUUGAGAGUAACCAUCAAGGCGACAUCUGGAAUCCCUUUUAAAAAAGGGACUAUUAAGAACAGAGUGAUAAAAUGAAUAAUUGCCACACUUUGGCCCAAAAUCUAUAUCUAUGAGAUGCUUAAAAGCUUGAUAGUUCUUGAUUGAAGUAGCCAGGUGUGCUCAAAUUUAUAAAGCUGAUCCCCUACACUUGAAAUACAACCCAAGAGCCACAAGCUGGCUAUAUAGGCAAGUUUAUCAUGCAAGGCUAGUGCAACAGCUCAGGCAGACUGAAAAAUUCCUAGACUGUUAUGUAAGAGAAACAUUAAAACUGGCUAAGUUCAGACUUCCCAAAGCAGCUUUAAAAACCCUGUGAUGUCAUUUUAAAACAGGCAUAGGCAAACUCGGCCGUCCAGAUGUUUUGGGACUACAAUUCCCAUCAUCCCUGACCACUGGUCCUUUAGCUAGGGAUGAUGGGAGUUGUAGUCCCCAAACAUCUGGACGGCCGAGUUUGCCUAUGCCUGCUUUAAAACAUUGUAUUUUAAAAAACAAAUAGUGUGAACUGCUAAGCUUAGCAAUAAAAUUACAAAACCUUUCCCUUACUGUAGUUGCCAGCUGAAAAUCCUACAUAUCAAAAGGUGCCUUUAAGAGUUGUAGUUUGCACUUGGGACUCAAGGCUACUAAAGUGAGUGGGGCUUCUUUUUCUGUGCUGCCUGCAGAACCUGCUAAGGACAAUCGCCUGGUAAAAACAACAAUUGCUGUUUUUUAUGUCUCCAAAGGGAGAGCAGGCAUAUGCAAGCAGUGUAGAAAGAAAGAAAGAACUAAAUAAAGAACAGUUGGCCAUGCUGGCUGUGACUGAUGGAAGUACAAGCAAAAUUUAGGUGGUCACAGGUUAUUUACCCCAGCUCAAGGAACAAACAUUUGUGUUUUUCACAGCUUGUAAUAUACAGUUUAGUCACUUUAUUGGGCAGGCUUGGUUAUUUUGAGUACACCUGGAGAUUUUAGUCAAUAACUUGAAAUAUACGUGGAUUAAUCUGGGCCAAAGUGCAUUAAAUACACAAGCAACCAUUGCAUGUGACUGCUGGGUCUGCUUUUCAAUAUAUGUGGCAUUCUGCAGGUGCCAGUUUAUACCAUUGCUGCUGCUGCAAGCUCCCAGCUGGGUCAGGUGCCCACAGCCCUGUGUUGGCGCACGCACACACACGCACGUAUGUAAGAGUCAUCCUCUCAUUGCCAUAAUUGCUGUGCCUGAAUGGAGUGCCCAUUGUAACCCAUUGCUAUGACACUCCUUCUUCUCAAGGCAUGAACCCUUUAUUCCUAAACACCAUUGCAAAUGAUGGUCUUUCAGUGCCAAUGUUUUUCAUCUGUUGUUGCUUUCAGAGGGUCUUAAUGCAGAGUACGUGAAAGGAGAAAACAUGGAAGCGGUGGUGACUGAAGAACCACAAGGUAAGAUACUGUUUUCAGGCUCAAAGGAGGCAAACAAUUUUGUUGAAGACUAAUUCACACUGACUUAACUUUCGCUCUUUCCUUCCCAGUUAAAUAUUCUGUCCUUGAGCCACAGACUGCAGAGCCACCUCCGCCGCAAGAAAACGCAAAAGUCUGAAUCCCAGACUUGGUUUGGAGAAGAAUCAAUGGCAACACACACACACACGCUUCUCACAUGCUUGUAAUUUAGCUUUUUACAAACAUUUGAUUUGGAUCCAAAGCUAUUUAAAUGUGCGUUCUUCUGAUUAAGACAGGCUUCUUAUUGUGGUAGCUGGUAUUCUGGUUUUUUUCUUUUCUUCGUGAAGAGUUGUAGGUUUACAUUCACAUGGUCAUGUAGGAGUUUUGUCAGGUUGAAUACAAGAACAAAAGGGUGCUUCAAAUUGGUGUUUCACAUUAGAGUUAGGGAUUUUCAUGAAGGUUGGGGGGGGGGGGGAGAAGCAGCUGAGUUAGUGACUACAGGUGUGAGAACAAAUGAAGUGCCUGUAAAUUAACAGUCCAAAGCAAACCAUUUAAAAAACCUUUAUGAAAUGACUUUCAGCCAAAUUCCGGCUGUCAGCCAUAAGCAUGUAGCUUCCACUGAUAACAGUGGAAGUUACAUGAAUGUUGGAGGGUGGAGUUUAGUCCUUUAAGUAGCUACACCUCAAGAUAUACAAGUGCCUGUGGGGUAGGUCUUCAUUUGACAGAGGACAGCAGGUGAAUAUGACCCCAUACAACUGGGCUUCUCUACAAACAUCCUGAAUUUUUUUGCUACCAGAACCCUAUGCAGCUAGUUGUUGUGGAUGCAAUGUUUCCUAUUUAAAAAUCCAGGGACAUUUCAGGAGGUCAGAAUUUGAACCUAUACCCAAGCCCUUCCGCUGGCAAAGAAAAGCAAGAUUUCCCUUCCCUGUUCAGUCCCAUAGACUUGGGCCGACAACGUGGGUUUUUUGCUCUAUUUUACUCCAGAUUUAGAACAUGCUUGCAUUUCCAGGACUGCAAGUCUGCUUGCUGCACUGGGCAAUCACGAAGGUUGCACUCGCACAAUCUCUUGUGCAAUGACAGAGGAUAUUGCAGUUCAAAUGUUAGCUUGCUCCUCUUCGUUUUGUCAGACUCUAAUUCCUGGGUUGGCUAAAAUCCAGGAACAGAACUUACGGGCUUUCAGCUAGGAAAUUAAACCACAAAAUGUGAUGCAACCAUGGAUCAAGAGCUCAGUUAGUUUCCCAGUGAUCUUGUAGGCCAUUGGGUUGUAACCAAGGCUAUUCCUAUGCAAAGCAGACCCACUGAAGUUAAUGGAGAUUAUUAAGUUAGGUCCAUUAACUUAAAUGGGUCUACUUGGAGUAGAACCAAGGCUGGAUGCAACCUACUGACUCCAUCCUCUGCCUUGAUGCAGGAAGUCUAGGAUGAGAGCACCCACAACAGUUGGCUGUUCAUCCUCUGCUUGAAAACCUCCAACUUAGUUGCACUUUGGGUUCUGACCUUCUAACUGAGAUCUCUAACAAGAUACCAAGGAUGACCUGAGAGCCCUUUGGUGCAAAGCAUGCACUCUUAACUACUGAGCUCUGAAGUAAUCUAGAUCAAAAAUCUGGCCCAUGUUGGUGAUUUUUAACAGUCGCACUUUUCACCAUUGUAGCAAGGUGAAUACUUCCGUAUGAUUAUGAAUUAUCAGUGAUGUUAGCGAGUCAUUAAAAAGGGAGUACUGUUUCUUUUUUAAAAAAUGCACACAUCUGUAUCAUAAGGUGGUGAAAAAGAACUCUUGUGGAUAAAAGAUCCAUUUAGCUUUUGACUGUUUACAAGCUUAAUUUUUACUGAUAUAUUUUUUAAAAGGAAUCUGGAAACAUUAGCACCCUGCUCUAGCAAGGGAGAUCUGCAGGUGGAAGUAGCAGGGGAUGCUGCUAUGCAUCUGGACUCUACUGACAUGGGUGGAUAAAUCUCUUAAUGGAAAUGGAACCACCAGUUGUUAUGACCCAUGAUUAAAGCUGGCUUGGGUCUUAGGGGUAUAGCUAGGAUGAAAUUUUGCCCUGAGAUCCUCACCUCACCUCACACAUGUCCUCUUUGAGGCAGGUGCCACUGAUUUCAGUGGAACAUGCCUCCAUGAAAUGGUGCUUAAAACUGUAGCUUAGACGUUUGAUGACAAAUGUGCAAAUUCCUUCUGCUCUGUUUUUGUUUCACCACUUGCAUUUCAAGAGCCCUACAGUAGCUUUAAAGAAAUUCACACAUUUUGAAUGUAUUUAGCUUCUAUGACAAUGCUACAAUAAGCUCUUUUACUCCUAAAUUCUCAUCUUAACUGUUGGCUUCAAUGGGACUAAAGCAGGGCAAUACAUCUAAGAAGGAAUGCAGCUUACUUGCUUAUUGAAGGGUGCUUCAUACACUGGUCACCAGAACGGAAGCCACAGAAAGUUGCUUCUGCCUGGAAGCCUGCUGUGCCAUGGACGGUCUUCACUCAAGUAGGUGAAACCACGUGAAAAGGAGCGUUCAGUCUGGUGGAGUACUGUCAUGGAAACAGUUUGGGGGGCUUCUACGUUUUGAAGUUACCCUUAAGUACUGUAGAGUAGGUUUUUUAGGAAGGCUGUGGUUUGCAAUUUUUGCAGAGCACAAAUUAGUCAGAUACUAACAAUACCACACAGCUGAAUUGACAUAAUGGUAAUUUCCAACUACUAUAGCAUAUCUCUUUUUUAAUUUUUUGAGUCAAGUACAUAAAAGAUUAGAGUAGGAUGAAGUAGUGCAUCUUUAGAUAAAUAGCGGGGAAAUAAUAAGUGUAACUAUGAUGCUAGUACUUGCACUAGGAGUCAUUUUCUCAGAUAAAUGAAUAUAAUUCCUUAUUUCUUCUUGCCAAUGAUGGGAAAUGUUUCUGUAGAUGUAAAUUGUCGAUUUUGUUGUAUUUCUAUUACUGCACUGUCCAGCCACUGAUCUGAAUUUUGAAAAACAGUGCAUCUGAGUGUUGAAAAUAACCCACUAACCACUUAGUCAUUUGAAAUGUGUAUGUAUUGCAGAUUUCUUUUGUGUGUGUGUAAAAAACAAAAACUCACAAUACUUCCAAUAAGUAAGAUAUCGGGCUUUCAGGAUAAGACAGUAGGUUAACCUUUAAGCUACUUCCUUCCCCAAAGCCUUUUUAUAUGAAUUUGGUAAAUGGUUAUGCCUUAAUGUAAAUUUUAGGUAGAAUAUAAAAAUCAAAACUAUAGAAAUGCACAGCAAACAGGAGACACCUGUUUAAAAUGUUAUAGCACUAUAAUUCAGCAUUAGGCAUACAGGGCAAUUAUCACUAUUACUAUUGCCUGUAGAACCACUUUAAAAUGUAGUUGAACGUAUCCCCAAAGAAAUCUGCUUUGUCGGAUAAUGGGGACUGACUGCAUUCUCCACUCAAAAGUACACAAGCAGCUCUGUUCUCUGGUUCUUUGUGCUAGAUCAGCAACUGAAGUCCCCUUUGCUAAGCCUGGCCCCAAGAGCUACCUGCCCACUCCCCACCCUCAGUCACUCAGCCAGGGAUGAAAGUGGCAGCUACAGUAAUGAGACCUGUCAGGUGGCCACUAAUCUCCUCCUACAGCAGCGUUUCAGAAAAGCUAACUGCUGAUCAGAGUUCUGCUUACACUAUUACUAUUAAUAGAACGUGAAACAACCAUUGAUCUAGUUAGCUCAGCCCAGUCUGCUCUGACUGGCAGUGGGUCUCCAAAACCUUAGGAGGCUGAGACAAACAAAGAGGGAAGGAGUGCUUUUCCAGGCCUAAUAUCUGAAAUCCUUUUAAAUAGAUGCCAGGGAUUGAACCCAAGACCUUCUGCAUGCAAAGCAUGUGCUCUACCAUUGAACUAUGACCUCUCCCCAUGGGGACCUUCUUUCCAUUGUCUGUACACAACCAACAAUAUGUUUGGCUUUUCCUGGCUGAUUUCUCUGUAGCAGUGCCAACUUUGUAGUACUACACCUCCAGAAGGGAUCCAUUUCUGUUUUUCUACUCUUGUGUUUUUAUGUUCAUAAUUAAAACUAUCUGUGCACUGAAAAGCCACAUAAAUAAGCUCAGCCAGAUGUUCCAGAAUAGGUCAAGUGACAUGCAUUAAAGUCUUCCAUCAGGCCAAAGAUAUAUAUAUAAAAGACCCCUUCCUGUGCCCUGAAUUUAUACACAACACACAUUCUUGCAAGUAAAGAGAAGAUGCCUAAUUAGAGAAUGGGAAAGUGGUUUCCUGUAUUUUUCAAAAUUAUGAGAAUAUUGGCAGGGAUCUAGCCACAUUAACUCACUUAAGUGUUGGCUUGGCUCUUUUCUUUCUUAACUUGUGUCUUUCUUGGCAAAGUGUUUUAAGGCCACAGCGUCAGCUGUCACUGUCUCAUGCAACUAACAGCAAAUGGCCCUGUUUACUAUACAUUAUCAUUGUCAAUAGAUUGUUUGCUGUUGUGUGAAUUGAGGUUCAUCCGAGAGAAAAGUGCAUAACUUUACAAACAUAGAAGGAAACAAAAGCAAAUAGAUGAACUUGGCGAAAGGGAGGGGAGGGGGAAGAGAACCCAGACAGCAGAUUAAGAGAGUAGAUUGUGUCCAAAAGAUGCCAAGCGUUUAUUUAAGCAAUACUUACAAUUCUUUAGCUAAUACAGAAAUGAUCUGUCCCAGAUGAAAAUUGUGCAUUAUGCUGUCAAAAGGCGGACUCAUUUUGCUAAAGUGCAUAUAAGAAUUACAGGGGAGGGAAAUCCGAACUUGAUUGCUGAACUACAAACUGGAAAACAAUAAAAAAAAUAAAGACUUGUACAACAACAA